AUGGCGGUGUGUGUUUUCCAUGACUCUACGGUCUACACUGUUUGGGUUUACACGGGCCUGCUAAGGGGACUGUUCUGUUUGGGUUUACACAGGCCUGCUAAGGGGACUGUUCUGUUUGGGUUUACACAGGCCUGCUAAGGGGACUGUUCUGUUUGGGUUUACACAGUCCUGCUAAGGGGACUGUUCUGUUUGGGUUUACACGGGCCUGCUAAGGGGACUGUUCUGUUUGGGUUUACACAGGCCUGCUAAGGGGACUGUUCUGUUUGGGUUUACACAGGCCUGCUAAGGGGACUGUUCUGUUUGGGUUUACACAGGCCUGCUAAGGGGACUGUUCUGUUUGGGUUUACACGGGCCUGCUAAGGGGACUGUUCUGUUUGGGUUUACACAGGCCUGCUAAGGGGACUGUUCUGUUUGGGUUUACACAGGCCUGCUAAGGGGACUGUUCUGUUUUCACUCAUGUCCUUGUAAUCGCUCUCUGAAGUGUUACUCUCUCUGUCAUACUGGAGGGAGGGAGGGAGGGAGGGAGGGAGCUGUCAUACUGGAAUAAGGGAGGGAGCUGUCAUACUGGUAUAGCGCACUUGGCAAGUAAUCGAAAGGUCGCUAGUUCGAAUCCCCAGUCAGUUGAUGUGCAAGGCACUUCAUCCUAAUGGCUCCAGGGUCUCCGUUGAUAAUGGUAGACUCUGGCCGUGACCCCACUCUCCGAGGGUGUCUCAGGGGGAGUUAGGAUAUGCAGGCAGGCAGAGCCACCCUACACAAAGACAUGCACACACCACACACACACACACACACUCGGGGCAGAUAGGUUCUCCCACUCUUUCCCUCACACACACACCACACACACGCUCUCAUCAUAUUCUAGGAAGCCGUGCUGACAGGCGUAAGAAAGAGAAUCUUCACUGAUAUUCUCUCUUCCCCCGAAGCGCUAGGCCAGAAAUGAAAAGGUGCAUUCAGCUGUGCUGUUGUCACGCUCUGCGCUCAGGCCUCUUAGUGCUGCAGUGAUGGAUGGACGUUGGGCAGACAGACACGCUGCUUAGGAAAACAGACAUGCUGCUUAUCAGUUCAGCCCACAUUAGGCCGUUACCACAGGGCCUUAGCCUAGAUCCACCGGUGUGCUGAACAUUAAAGCAUGUCUGACCAAAGCUUUUUGCCUUUGGUGAUGUAGAAAAGAGAGAAGCUUGCCUUGGUGUCCAGUUUGGUCACAUGUCUUUAGUACGAAGAGGAGAGAGACCACUUAUGACAACUGACACACAAGGGGCACCACAGGGGCACCACAGGGGCAUCACAGGGGCACCACAGGGGCACCACAGAGCAGUAAAAGAAAGCGACACACAGAGAUUGGAAGAAAAAAAUUCUGCAUAGUAUGUGAAAUGUUGAAAAUGUAGUGUUUUUUUUAUUUUUUAUGCCAGGAUUUCGUACUCAAUUUGGCUUUUCAUCUAGUAUGAUUUGCUGCACGCUAUUGAGCAAAGGAAUCUUGUUUCGAGACCCACGUGUUUGACGACAACUGAUAAACAGCUGAUAAUAAGAGAAAGGGAGGGUCUGUUGCAAAAUGAACUAAUGGAACAAGGAAGUUGCACGUUUGAUGACACAUUUCUUAGCAGUGAUGGGGUUAACAGAAGUAACACGUAAUGUAACCAGAACUGGCGGCUUGAGAGAGAGAUUUUGAAUGAAAAGCUAGGAAAUCUGUACAUUUUACAUUUUAGUCAUUUAGCAGACAGAAUAACUACAAAAAAGAGAGACAGAAUAACUACAAAAGAAUCCAGAAAAACGCAUGUCAAAAAUGUUAUAAAUUGAUUUGCAUUUUAAUGAGGGAAAUAAGUAUUUGACCCCCUCUCAAUCAGAAAGAUUUCUGGCUCCCAGGUGUCUUUUUAUACAGGUAACGAGCUGAGAUUAGGAGCACACUCUUAAAGGGAGUGCUCCUAAUCUCAGCUUGUUACCGGUAUAAAAGACACCUGUCCCCAGAAGCAAUCAAUCAAUUAGAUUCCAAACUCUCCACCAUGACCAAGACCAAAGAGCUCUCCAAGGAUGUCAGGGACAAGAUUGUAGACCUACACAAGGCUGGAAUGGGCUACAAGACCAUCGCCAAGCAGCUUGGUGAGAAGGUGACAACAGUUGGUGCGAUUAUUCGCAAAUGGAAGAAACACAAAAGCACUCUCAAUCUCCCUCGGCCUGGGGCUCCAUGCAAAAUCUCACCUCGUGGAGUUGCAAUGAUCAUGAGAACGGUGAGGAAUCAGCCCAGAACUACACGGGAGGAUCUUGUCAAGGCAGCUGGGACCAUAGUCACCAAGACAACAAUUGGUAACACACUACGCCGUGAAGGACUGAAAUCCUGCAGCGCCCGCAAGGUCCCCCUGCUCAAGAAAGCACAUAUACAGGCCCAUCUGAAGUUUGCCAAUGAACAUCUGAAUGAUUCAGAGGAGAACUGGGUGAAAGUGUUGUGGUCAGAUGAGACCAAAAUCGAGCUCUUUGGCAUCAACUCAACUCGCCGUGUUUGGAGGAGGAGGAGGAGGAAUGCUGCCUAUGACCCCAAGAACACCAUCCCCACCGUCAAACAUGGAGGUGGAAACAUUAUGCUUUGGGGGUGUUUUUCUGGUAAGGGGACAGGACAACUUCACCGCAUCAAAGGGACAAUGGACGGGGCCAUGUACCGUCAAAUCUUGGGUGAGAACCUCCUUCCCUCAGCCAGGGCAUUGAAAAUGGGUCGCGGAUGAGUAUUCCAGCAUGACAAUGACCCAAAACACACGGCCAAGGCAACAAAGGAGUGGCUCAAGAAGAAGCACAUUAAGGUCUUGGAGUGGCCUAGCCAGUCUCCAGACCAUAAUCCCAUAGAAAAUCUGUGGAGGGAGCUGAAGGUUCGAGAUGCCAAACAUCAGCCUCGAAACCUUAAUGACUUGGAGAAGAUCUGCAAAGAGGAGUGGGACAAAAUCCCUCCUGAGAUGUGUGCAAACCUGGUGGCCAACUACAAGAACCGUCUGACCUCUGUGAUUGCCAACAAGGUUUUGCCACCAAGUACUAAAUCAUGUUUUGCAGAGGGGUCAAAUACUUAUUUCCCUCAUUAAAAUGCAAAUCAAUUUAUAACAUUUUUGACAUGCGUUUUUCUGAAUUUUUUUGUUGUUAUUCUGUCUUUCACUGUUCAAAUAAACCUACCAUUAAAAUUAUAGACUGAUCAUGUCUUUGUCAGUGGAGGAAUGUACAAAAUCAGCAGGGGAUCAAAUACUUUUUUCCCCUCACUGUAUGCCCAUAUGAUAGUGCAGCACAUGUAGAGUAUCACAGAUGAAAGGAGAAACUAGUGAUCCAACCUCAGUUACUAAGCAACCUAUCUUUGGCAGAACACCCGCGGCUCCCUCCGACAGGCAAACCUGAGUUACUAAGCAACCUAUCUUUGGCAGAACACCCGCGGCUCCCUCCGACAGGCAAACCUGAGUUACUAAGCAACCUAUCUUUGGCAGAACACCCGCGGCUCCCUCCGACAGGCAAACCUGAGUUACUAAGCAACCUAUCUUUGGCAGAACACCCGCGGCUCCCUCCGACAGGCAAACCUGAGUUACUAAGCAACCUAUCUUUGGCAGAACACCCGCGGCUCCCUCCGACAGGCAAACCUGAGUUACUAAGCAACCUAUCUUUGGCAGAACACCCGGCUCCCUCCGACAGGCAAACCUGAGUUACUAAGCAACCUAUCUUUGGCAGAACACCCGCGGCUCCCUCCGACAGGCAAACCUGAGUUACUAAGCAACCUAUCUUUGGCAGAACACCCGUGGCUCCCUCCGACAGGCAAACCUGAGUUACUAAGCAACCUAUCUUUGGCAGAACACCCGUGGCUCCCUCCGACAGGCAAAAGGUUUCGCUAAUUAUUUUCCAUGAAAAUAACGCAAGGUAAUAAAACGCAUUACUUUCCAAAGUAAUAUUGAAAAGUUUUGCGUUACUUUUGUUAAAUGUACCGAGUAAUAUGUAAUAAAUUAGUUUCGAAGUAACUAACCCCAACACUUAUUCUCAGUAUGGGCGAGCCUAGUAUGUUAAUAUUUGUUGCUAACUGCAUACAUUUCUACUAAACAGUAGGUUCUAAAUAGUGUGAUUAGUACACAGCUGCAUACAUUUCUACUAAACAGUAGGUUGUAAAUAGUGUGUAGUACGAUUAGUACACAGUAUGCAGUUUUGGUUAGUAGUAGGCAAGACAGAUUUCAGACACGGACGAUGAUGAGGAGGGACAAAGGGAGAGCCAGAUUGAGAGCGUGGGUAGAUGGAAGGAAAGGAGAGAGAGAGAGUAUACAGGGCAGGCUGUGCUAAAGUAGCCAGACAGACAGGGCAGGCUGUGCUAAAGUAGCCAGACAGGGCAGGCUGUGCUAAAGUAGCCAGACAGGGCAGGCUGUGCUAAAGUAGCCAGACAGGGCAGGCUGUGCUAAAGUAGCCAGACAGGGCAGGCUGUGCUAAAGUAGCCAGACAGGGCAGGCUGUGCUAAAGUAGCCAGACAGGGCAGGCUGUGCUAAAGUAGCCAGACAGGGCAGGCUGUGCUAAAGUAGCCAGACAGGGCAGGCUGUGCUAAAGUAGCCAGACAGGGCAGGCUGUGCUAAAGUAGCCAGACAGACAGGGCAGGCUGUGCUAAAGUAGCCAGACAGGGCAGGCUGUGCUAAAGUAGCCAGACAGGCAGGGCCUCUCUCUCUCUCUCUGGCGGCUGGUUAUAUCUCAGACUCUGCUCUGGAAUUCAGGAAUCCAACAUUCUCCCCACAUAAUAACCCCUUUCCCCACUUCCUCCCUCAUUGGCUAAAGGACGGGCACUUACGCAUGGUCAGGCCAAUCAAAAACUCCCAUGGUCUCUAGGGUGGAAUCGGUGCCAGUCUCCAAAGUAGAUCAAUACAUAUGAGAGGGAAUGAAAAAAAGCUUCCUCAAGCGGUGGAGAUGGUGACUGAAAAGUGUGUGUGUGUUUGCGUGAGGCUCCCUGAGUUUACAGGCUCCCUGUAAACUCAGGGAGCCUGUCCCGCAGGGCCAAACAUCAGGAUGGUACAGUCUGUAGGCCCAACCAUGCAUGGAAUCUGUUAAGGGCUGGGGGGGGGGGGGGGGUCCUCUCUUGUCCCCUCUCUCCUCUCUUGUCCCUCUCUCUCCUCUCUUGUCCCCUCUCUCCUCUCUCUCCUCUCUUUUCCCUCUCUCCUCUCGUGUCCUCUCUCUCCUCUCUUGUCUCCUCUUGUCCUUCUGUCCUCUCUCUCACUCUCUUGUCCUCUCCUCUCUCUUGUCCUCUCUCUCCUCUCUUGUCUCUCUCUCCUCUCUUGUCCUCUCUCUCCUCUCUUGUCCUCUCUCUCCUCUCUUGUCCUCUCUCUCCUCUCUUGUCCUCUCUCUCCUCUCUUGCCCUCUCUCCUCUCUCUUGUCUUCUCUCUCCUCUCUUGUCCUCUCUCUCCUCUCUUGUCCUCUCUCUCCUCUCUUGUCCCCUCUCUCCUCUCUUGUCCCCUCUCCUCUCUCUUGUCCUCUUGUCCUCUCUCUCCUAUCUUGUUCUCUCCUCUAUUGUCCUCUCCUCUAUUGUCCUCUCUUGUCCUCUCUCUCCUCUAUUGUCCCCUCUCCUCUCUUGUCCUCUUGGUCCUCUCUACAUCAUGUCACCUCUCUCCAUCUUGUACCGAUCUCUCCUCCUUGUCCUUCUCUCUCUCUUGUACCACUCUCUCUCUCUUGUCCCCUCUCUCCUCUCUUGUCCCCUCUUGUCCUCUCUUGUCCUCUCUUGUCCUCUCUCCUCUCUUGUCCUCUCCUCUCUUGUCCUUUCUCUCCUCUCCUCCUCUCCUGGUAGUUGUAGUCAGUGUGUGCUGCUCCUACUGUGGUUGUGUCCAUCUGGUCCUCUGAGAUGGAGAGCUCAACGUCUCUGAAAAGACAAUAGAUAAAGGUGUGAAAUCUUAGUGACAGAAAGUACUCUGAAACCCCAGUUGUAUUUUUCAGUCAGAUUGGAGAUUGUUACGAUACCACUUUAUUUUGUUUACUCUUUCAAUCUUUAAAUUGUGUUUUCUAUUAAAUUCACACAAACAUAUGGCUUAAAUGUUUUAUUUGCUGCUUAAAAGGUGUCUUUCAGGAAGUGUGUCGUUCCUCUACCUGUUGACUGUCAGGAAGUGUGUCGUUCCUCUACCUGUUGACUGUCAGGAAGUGUGUCGUUCCCCUACCUGUUGACUGUCAGGAAGUGUGUUGUUCCCCUACCUGUUGACUGUCAGGAAGUGUGUCGUUCCCCUACCUGUUGACUGUCAGGAAGUGUGUCGUUCCCCUACCUGUUGACUGUCAGGAAGUGUGUCGUUCCCCUACCUGUUGACUGUCAGGAAGUGUGUCGUUCCCCUACCUGUUGACUGUCAGGAAGUGUGUCGUUCCCCUACCUGUUGACUGUCAGGAAGUGUGUCGUUCCCCUACCUGUUGACUGUCAGGAAGUGUGUCGUUUCCCUACCUGUUGACUGUCAGGAAGUGUGUAGUUUCCCUACCUGUUGACUGUCAGGAAGUGUGUCGUUUCCCUACCUGUUUACCAACAUGGAAACUUAUUAUGAAUGUGUGCAGCCUAUGGGCCCUGGUCAAAAGUAGUGCACUAUAUAGGGAAUAGGGUGCCAAUUCAGAUGCAGCUUGUUACUCUGUUAAGCGGUGAGAAGAUUUUCCAUAACAACAGUUCAAACUUUAUGAAAGUCUUAAAAGGUGUAAAGCACUUUGAUUUGAUUUAACCUGCCGUUCCAACGUUGUGUUUCUGUGAUGUUGUGCAGGAGUUUGCUGCGCUGACCAAGGAGGUGAAUGUGUGUCGGGAGCAUUUGAUGGAGAGAGAGGAGGAGAUCGCUGAGCUCAAGGCUGAGAGGAACAACACACGGGUCAGUGACAUGUGACACGCACACUCACAAACACACAAACCCCUCAGCUGCACAUCUCUGGGAAGUCCCCUGCCAGUCCCCUGCCAGUCCCCUGCCAGUCCCCUGCCAGUCCCCAGCAUAGUCCAUUAACAGUGUCAAACCCCCACUGGUUUGACCUGUGGGAGUUUGUGUGUGUGAGUUUUUGAGAGGAUCACCUCCUGCUCUCUGUUCUGAGGAUUAGGUCACUCCCCUAAUGAGUGGUUGUAUGAGGGGUAGAGGGGGGAAGAGAGGAUAUGAGGGGUAGAGGGAGGGAAGAGGGGAUAUGAGGGGUAGAGGGAGAGAGGGGAUAUGAGGGGGUAGAGAGGAGGGGAUAUGAGGGGUAGAGGGAGGAAGAGGGGAUAUGAGGGGUAGAGGGAGAGAGAGGGAUCAUGAGGGGUAGAGGGAGGGUGGGAUAUUAGGUGUCGAGGGAAGCGGGUCUUGGGCUGCGGAUGCUUGCUGGGUGCGGGCGGGCCGCGGGGCUCUGCGGGCUCGCCGCUGGGCUCUGCGGGUCGGCGGGCCCGGGGCUCUGCGGGUCUCGGUCCGCCGCGUUGCUCUGCGGGUCGCGGGCGCCCGCGGGCUCUGCGGGUCGCGGGCGGGUCCCGGGGCUCUGCGGGUUCGCGGUGCUCUUGCGGGCGCGCGGGGCUCUCGGGUUCGCGGGCGGCGCCCGGGGCUCCUGCCGGCGCCCGCGGGCUCUGCGGGGUCGCGGGCGGGCCGCGGGCUCUGCGGGGUCGCGGUCGGCCGCGGGGCUCUGCGGGUCGCGGGCGCGGCGGGGCUCUGCGGGUCGCGGGCGCGCCGCGGGGCUCUGCGGGCGCGCCUCGGGGCUCUCGGGGUCGCGGGCGCUGCCGCGGGGCUCUGCGGUGUCGCGGGCGCUGCCGCGGGCUCUGCGGGUCGCGGGCGCGCGGUGCUCUGCGGGCGCGCCCGGCGCUCUGCGGGGUCGCGGCCCGCCGCGGGGCUCUGCGGGGUCGCGCCGCGCCGCGGGGCUCUGCGGGGUCGCGGCCGCGCCGCGUGGGCUCUGCGGGGUCGCGGGCGCGCCGCGGGGCUCUGCGCGGGCUCUUCGGCUCCGGGCGCGCCGCGGGGCUCUGCGGGGUCGCGGGCGGGGCUCUGCGGGCGCGCCGCGGGGCUCUGCGGGUCCGGGCGGGCCGCGGGGCUCUGCGGGGCUCUUCGGCUCGCGGGCGCGCCGCGGGGCUCUGCGGGGUCGCGGGCGCGCCGCGGGGCUCUGCGGGGUCGCGGGCGCGCCGCGGGCUCUGCGGGGUCGCGGGCGCGCCGGGGCUCUGCGGGCGCGCCGCGGCGUCUGCGGGCGCGCCGCGGGGCUCUGCGGGGUCGUGGGGGGGCCGCGGGGCUCUGCGGGCGCGCCGCGGGCUCUGCGGGGUCGCGGCGCGCCGCGGGGCUCUGCGGGGUCGCGGGGCUCUGCGGGCGCGCCGCCGUGGCUCUGCGGGGUCCGGGCGCGCCGCGUGCUCUGCUGGGCGCGCCGCGGCUCUGGGGUCGCGGGCGCGGCGGGGCUCUCGGGUGUCGCGGUUCGCCGCGGGGCUCUGCGGGUCGCGCCGCGGGCUCUGCGGGGUCUCGGGCGCGCCUGCGGGGCUCUGCGGGUCGCGGGCGCGCCGCGGGGCUCUGCGGGGUCGCCGGGCGCGUCGGGCUUGCGCGGCGCGCCGGGGUCCGGCGCCGGGCUUGCGGGGUCGCUGCCGCGCCGUGGCUCUGCGGGUCGCGGCCGCCGGGCUCUGCGGGGUCGCGGCGCGCCGCGGGCUCUGCGGGGCUCUUCGCUCUGCGGCCGCCCGGGCUCUGCGGGGUGCGCUGCGGGCUCUCGCGCCGCGGUGCUCUGCGGGGUCGCGGGCGCGGCGCGGGGCUCUGCGGGCUCUUCGGCUCGCGGGCCGCCGCGGGCUCUGCCGGGGUCCGGGCGCGCCGCGGGUCUCUGCGGGUCGCGGCGCGCGCGGGGCUCUGCGGGGUCGCGGGCGGCCCGCGGGGCUCUGCGGGGCGCUCGGCGCUCUGCGGGCGCGCCGCGGGGCUCUGCGGGGUCGGGGCGGGGCCGCGGGGCUCUGCGGGCGGCUCGCGGGUCUCGGCGCGCGGGUGCUCUGGCCGGGGUCGCGGGCUCGCGGGCCGCGGGCUCUGGGCGCGCCGCGCGCUCUGCGGGCGCGCCGCGGGGCUCUGCGGGUGUCGGGGUGCGCGCCGCGGGCUCUGCGGGUUCGCGGGCGCCGCGGGCUCUCGGGCCGGGGCUCUGCGGCGCGCCCGCGGGCUCUGCGGGGUGGGGCCGCGGGGCUCUGCGUGCGCGCCGCGGGGCUCUGCGGGGUCGCGGCGCGCCGCGGGCUCUGCGGGGUCGCGGGGCUCUGCGGCGCGCCGCGGGGUUUCCUCGGGGUCGCGCGGCGCGCUCUGCGGGGCUCUGCGGGCAGCGAGGUGAGAGAGGGAGAGAAGAGGGGAUAUGAGGGGUGGGGGGGGAAGCGGGAUUGAGGGGGAUUGAGGGGAGAGAGGGGCUAUGGGGGUAGAGGGGGGGGAGGGAUAUGAGGGGUAGGGGGGAAGGGGGAUAUGAGGGAGAGGGGGGGAGGGGGAUAUGAGGGGUAGAGGAGGGAAGGGACUAUGGGGUGCGGAGGGGGGGGAUAUGAGGGGUAGAGGGAGGGAAGAGGGGAUAUGAGGGGUAGAGGGAGAGAAGGGGGGAUAUGAGGGGGGAUUAAGGGAUAAGUCUGGGCUUUGUCAGCCUGCAGCUCUGAUUGGACCCCCUGAGCUGCUCAACAACAUGGGAUUGAGCGCAACACACACACACACACAAACAAUCAUGUGUGUAAGCAUGUCUGUACUCUUUCACAAUCCCGUGUGUGUGUGUGGCGUGAAUAUACUGUGUGUAAAUUGUGUAUUCUGUGAUGACCAUAGCUUCUCCUGGAACGUGUGUGUACCAUGACGUGUAAAAAUCUGGUGUGUAUUCUGUGAUGACCAUAGCUUCUCCUGGAACGUGUGUGUACCGUGACGUGUAAAAAUCUGGUGUGUAUUCUGUGAUGACCAUAUCUGGUGUGUAUUCUGUGAUGACCAUAUCUGGUGUGUAUUCUGUGAUGAACAUAGCUUCUCCUGGAACAUCUGGAGUGUCUGGUGUCUCGUCAUGAACGCAGUCUGAGGAUGACUGUGGUGAAGAGGCAGGCCCAGUCUCCUGCUGGGGUCUCCAGUGAGGUAGAGGUCCUCAAGGCCCUCAAGUCCCUGUUUGAGCACCACAAAGCCCUGGACGAGAAGGUUGGUGUGUGUGGGAUUGGGUGAGAAGAUCAUCUGCCUGCUAAUCUCUUCUUUGUAGAGGUGUGCUGGCAGUGUGUAAAAUGAUGGAGAUUAAUACUAGUGUGUGUUUUCCAGGUCAGGGAGAGACUGCGUGUGGCUUUAGAAAGAUGCAGCCAGCUGGAAGAACAGCUCACAUCACAACACAAAGAGGUAAGCCGCACCUGACCACCCUGUAUUAACCCCCCCCCCCCCCCCCCCCCCCCCCCAUCAACUGGCUGUCAGUAACAGGUGCAGGUGGAGGAGUCUAACCCAGUCGGGAGGAGUCUAACCCAGUCGGGAGGGAGGAGUCUAACCCAGUCGGGAGGAGUCUAACCCAGCCGGGAGGAGUCUAACCCAGUCGGGAGGAGUCUAACCCAGUCGGGAGGAGUCUAACCCAGUCGGGAGGGAGGAGUCUAACCCGGGAGGGAGGAGUCUAACCCAGCCGGGAGGAGUCUAACCCAGUCGGGAGGAGUCUAACCCAGUCGGGAGGAGUCUAACCCAGCCGGGAGGAGUCUAACCCAGUCGGGAGGGAGGAGUCUAACCCAGUCGGGAGGAGUCUAACCCAGUCGGGAGGAGUCUAACCCAGUCGGGAGGAGUCUAACCCAGUCGGGAGGAGUCUAACCCAGUCAGGAGGGAGGAGUCUAACCCAGCCGGGAGGAGUCUAACCCAGUCGGGAGGAGUCUAACCCAGUCGGGAGGAGUCUAACCCAGUCGGGAGGGAGGAGUCUAACCCAGUCGGGAGGAGUCUAACCCAGUCGGGAGGAGUCUAACCCAGUCGGGAGGAGUCUAACCCAGUCGGGAGGGAGGAGUCUAACCCAGUCGGGAGGGAGGAGUCUAACCCAGUCGGGAGGGAGGAGUCUAACCCAGUCGGGAGGAGUCUAACCCAGUCGGGAGGAGUCUAACCCAGUCGGGAGGAGUCUAACCCAGUCGGGAGGGAGGAGUCUAACCCAGUCGGGAGGGAGGAGUCUAACCCAGCCGGGAGGAGUCUAACCCAGCCGGGAGGGAGGAGUCUAACCCAGUCGGGAGGAGUCUAACCCAGUCGGGAGGAGUCUAACCCAGUCGGGAGGGAGGAGUCUAACCCAGUCAGCGACAGGUGGAGGUGGAUGCGCUCAAAUGGCGACCCAGUCUCACCUGUCAAUCAGUGAACCGUAUCCAUGACAACAGUCCUCACUAGUUUUCCUGGGGGAAUAAAAACCAAUCCAUCUUGAAUGACUAUGGAUCUUAUUUAAAAGGAGAUUUAAUCAUUUCCAUGUUUAACACUUGGAAAAAUAAGUAUAGGCUGCGUCUUGUGAUUACACAGUAUCUUUAAUGUUCCACUGUCUUGUGAUGACACAGUAUCUUUAAUGUUCCACUGUCUUGUGAUUACACAGUAUCUUUAAUGUUCCACUGUCUUGUAUACAGUAUCUUUAAUGUUCCACUGUCUUGUACACAGUAUCUUUAAUGUUCCACUGUCUUGUACACAGUAUCUUUAAUGUUCCACUGUCUUGUACACAGUAUAUUUAAUGUUCCACUGUCUUGUGAUGACACAGUAUCUUUAAUGUUCCACUGUCUUGUACACAGUAUAUUUAAUGUUCCACUGUCUUGUGAUUACACACUAUCUUUAAUGUUCCACUGUCUUGUACACAGUAUCUUUAAUGUUCCACUGUCUUGUACACAGUAUCUUUAAUGUUCCACUGUCUUGUACACAGUAUCUUUAAUGUUCCACUGUCUUGUGAUUACACACUAUCUUUAAUGUUCCACUGUCUUGUACACAGUAUCUUUAAUGUUCCACUCUCUUGUGAUUACACAGUAUCUUUAAUGUUCCACUGUCUUGUGAUGACACAGUAUCUUUAAUGUUCCACUGUCUUGUACACAGUAUCUUUAAUGUUCCACUGUACACAUAUUAAGGUGUUGUAGAGACAUGAGUCACACACAUUGAUAGAAGACCUAUUAACUGCUGCACUGUCUAAGAGCUGGAUACUGGGACUCCAUGAGUGGACAUACACACACACGCAGAAUGCACAGAGCUCUGAGGAGAUGAGUCGUGAAUGGGAUUAAAAUGGACAAAAGGGCUAGAGGAUCAUGGGAAAGUGGCCUAGAUUGCUCUCCUCUCCUCCACAUCUCUCCUUUCAUUCCUUUUAUCUCAGAGAGGAGGAGGAGGAUAGCAGCACAGACCACGACUUCUCCUACUCUUCUCCCUGCUCUGAGGCCCUCACCCGUGUGUGUGUGUGUGUGUGUGUGUGUGUGUGUGUGUCAGCCUGCGUGAAUGUGUGAGAGUAGGGCUGUCUCGGUAACCGCGGUCAUAAACCCAGGCGGGUAACUGUCAGAAAGUGAUCUAUUUUCAGUUAGAUUUUAUUUUGUGAUGAGCAGUAGUCUCUUCACAGAGAUAUAAUGGUAUAAAUUAAUGCUGUUUUGCUUCCUUGAAACAAGUGCCACCCCCAGUUAAAUGACCGUUUGUAAUUUGCAUGACAAUGUCUGGUCCGUCUGUGGGAUUAUAAGAUUAUAUCAAUUAAUAACUGUCACAGCCGUAUGUGUGUGUACGUACUAAUAUAUAAUAGUGAUAAUAAUAUAUGCUAUUUAGCAGACACUUUUAUCCAAAGGGACUUAAUCAUGCGUGCGUAUGUUUUACGUACUGGUGGUCCCGGGAAUCAAACCCACUAUGCUGGAGUUGCAAGCGCAAUGCUCUACCAACUGAGCGUGUUUGUCUGGCAGUGUAGGGAUAUAUGCGUUUGUGUGGUUGGUCCCUGACCGGGGCGGGCAGCACUAGAAUAGUUGUGAUCAGGCUCACAGCCCAAGCUGGACUCUUCCCUGGUGCUUCAGUCUCAUGCAUUCACUCACUGUUUUUAAAAUGGUGGCCAGACAACACAAACAAGUGGAGGCUGCUGAAGGGAGGACGGCUCAUAGUAAUGGCUGAAACGGAGCCAAUGGAACGGCAUCAAACACCUGGGAACCUUUUUUUUUAUUUGAUGUAUUUGUACCAUUCCACUGAUUCCGCUCCAGCCAUUAUCACGAGCACGUCCUCCCCAAUUAAGGUCCCACCAACCUCCUGUGAUACACACCUGCCGGUUCAGCUGUACGUUUCAGUAGGAAGCUUCUCUUCCCUCUGUAAAGCAGCAGUAGUGUGUUUGUUCAGGUUUAAUGUCAGAGAGGGUCAUCUGUAUUUGGGGAGUUGACAAAGCGGGAUCAAUGAAUGAGUUGGCUUGCUAACUUUGAGAAGUGCUCCGAUCUGACUGUGGAGUCCCUUAUGAGGAUUUUUAACAUUAACCCUUAAUUUCUUAUAUUCAUUAAUGAUGGGCAGCUUUUAGUGUCUGGGUUCUGUUGUGCUUUAUUGGGUAUUUAUUGGUCUUCUAUGUAUUGGCUGGUGCAAUCAAAUGUCCCCUUUGGGUGAUUAAUGAAGUAUAUAUAUCUGCUAAAUGACUCAAAUGUAAAAGUACUAUCUUGUCUUAGAUGGCCUAUCUGAGGGAGCAGAACAGCCAGAAGAGGUCGCUGGGAGAUGGAAUGGAAGGGCUCAACCACAACUCUGAAAACACCCCAAGCACCAACGGCAAGGUAUGGACCCCUCUUAUCCAGAGCGACUUAGUCAGUGCAUUUAAAUAAGGUAGAUAAAAACAACCACAAGCGUCAUAGGUCAAGUCCUACAGCCUUUAGUAACUAGUGUCCUCUCCCAACUAGUGGUCGUAGGACGAUUCUCUGAGCCAGGAGGACGACCAGGGGAAGGGUCAGGGGUUAUAGGUCACGUCCUAGUUGUUUCUGGCUAUCUUUAAGGAACCUAAACGAUGUCUUGUCCCUAGCGGUCGUCAGAUGGCUCUCUGAGCCAGGAGGAGGACCAGGGGAAGGGUCAGGGGUUAUAGGUCACGUCCUAGUUGUUUCUGGCUAUCUUUAAGGAACCUAAACGAUGUCUUGUCCCUAGCGGUCGUCAGAUGGCUCUCUGAGCCAGGAGGAGGACCAGGGGAAGGUGGGAGAGCUGCAGGAGAUGGUGGAGAGACAGACGUCAGACCUGGGGCAGAUGAUGGCGCGCAUGGCAGCCAUGACGGGACGCAUCAGCGAGCUGGAGGAGGACCUGGACACGGCCCGCAAGGACCUCGUUAAGAGUGAAGACAUGAACACACGCCUGCAGAGAGACAUACGAGAGGUACAUACUGGAUGUUGGUAACAUGUUACUGACAUACGAGAGGUACGUACUGGAUGUUGGUAACAUGUUACUAACACGCCUGCAGAGAGACAUACGAGAGGUACAUACUGGAUGUUGGUAACAUGUUACUGACAUACGAGAGGUACAUACUGGAUGUUGGUAACAUGUUACUAACACGCCUGCAGAGAGACAUACGAGAGGUACAUACUGGAUGUUGGUAACAUGUUACUGACACGCCUGCAGAGAGACAUACGAGAGGUACAUACUGGAUGUUGUUAACAUGUUACUGACACGCCUGCAGAGAGACAUACGAGAGGUACAUACUGGAUGUUGGUAACAUGUUACUGACACGCCUGCAGAGAGACAUACGAGAGGUACAUACUGGAUGUUGUUAACAUGUUACUGACACGCCUGCAGAGAGACAUACGAGAGGUACAUACUGGAUGUUGUUAACAUGUUACUGACACGCCUGCAGAGCGCCGUGUGUUUUUCUGUAAUGAUGUCUGUGUGUGUGCUAAACGUAUCCGUGUCUGUCUCUCUGUCCCCUGCGUCCCGUCUGUAGUCUACGGCCCAGAAGGAGGACAUAGAGGAGCGGAUCGUCACCCUGGAGAAGAGGUACUUGGCGGCGCAGCGGGAAGCCACCUCCGUACACGACCUCAACGACAAGCUGGAGAACGAGGUGGCCAACAAGGAGUCCCUGUUCCGACAGGUCAGUACACACACACACACACACACACACCAAUCGAACCAACAGCAAGAUCGGAGCAUUCAUACCAUACAGACACUAUACACCAGCACGUGUGUGUACAGUAUCUCCCGUCUAUAGCCAACCAGUAAGGAAGCCUCAGUUGAGUUUUCCACAAGGGUUUUUCCACUUUGGUUGGGUGUGUGUGUGUUUUUGAGGAUUUGUGUAUUUGGGGGGGGUUAGUGUGAUUGUCUGCUCUUUCCGACAGCAGGAAGAGCCUGCGGGGUCCUGGCAGUGCGAGGACCCCUUCUAGUGCAUUCACAGACUGCCCAGCACAGCAGGCACUGAAUCAGACGCCUCAGACACAUUCGCUUCUUUCUCUCUUUGUUUUCCGCUGGUCUGCCUGGUCUUCUUCUCUUGUAUGUCCUCUUCCCCUCCUUCUGUUUACUCUCGUCUUCUCUCUCUGCUCUCUCUUGUCUUGUCUGCUCUCUUGUCUUGUCUGCUCUCUUGUCUUGUCUGCUCUCUUCUCUUGUCUGCUCUCUUGUCUUGUCUGCUCUCUUGUCUUGUCUGCUCUCUUGUCUUGUCUGCUCUCUUGUCUUGUCUGCUCUCUUGUCUUGUCUGCUCUCUUGUCUUGUCUGCUCUCUUGUCUUGUCUGCUCUCUUCUCUUGUCUGCUCUCUUGUCUUGUCUGCUCUCUUCUCUUGUCUGCUCUCUUCUCUUGUCUGCUCUCUUCUCUUGUCUGCUCUCUUCUCUUGUCUGCUCUCUUCUCUUGUCUGCUCUCUUCUCUUGUCUGCUCUCUUCUCUUGUCUGCUCUCUUCUCUUGUCUGCUCUCUUCUCUUGUCUGCUCUCUUCUCUUGUCUGCUCUCUUCUCUUGUCUGCUCUCUUCUCUUGUCUACUCUCUCUGCUCUCUCUGCUCUCGUCUGCCUGUGUAAACACAGCCUGUCUGAUUCUGACCAUUUUAGUCAAGUCAUAGGAAGAACACAUUCAGAUGAAUGACGAUAAUCAUCAUCCUUAAUGCGUGGUUUGACACCCCUGGAUGACAAUAUUGACAAUUGUGUGUUUGUUUGACAGACGGAGGAGAGGAACAGUUGGAAUGUAUUGAUUUGAUAUGAUUGGUGGUGUGUUUUGAUCUGCAGACGGAGGAGAGGAACAGUUGGAAUGUAUUGGUUUGAUAUGAUUGAUGGUGUGUUUUGAUCUGCAGACGGAGGAGAGGAACAGUUGGAAUGUAUUGGUUUGAUAUGAUUGGUGGUGUGUUUUGAUCUGCAGACGGAGGAGAGGAACAGUUGGAAUGUAUUGAUUUAAUAUGAUUGGUUGUGUGUUUUGAUCUGCAGACGGAGGAGAGGAACAGUUGGAAUGUAUUGGUUUGAUAUGAUUGGUGGUGUGUUUUGAUCUGCAGACGGAGGAGAGGAACAGUUGGAAUGUAUUGAUUUGAUAUGAUUGGUGGUGUGUUUUGAUCUGCAGACGAAGGAGAGGAACAGUUGGAAUGUAUUGAUUUGAUAUGAUUGGUUGUGUGUUUUGAUCUGCAGACGGAGGAGAGGAACAGUUGGAAUGUAUUGAUUUAAUAUGAUUGAUUGUGUGUUUUGAUCUGCAGACGGAGGAGAGGAACAGUUGGAAUGUAUUGAUUUAAUAUGAUUGAUUGUGUGUUUUGAUCUGCAGACGGAGGAGAGGAACAGACAGCUGCAGGAGCGUUUAGAGCUGGCUGAGCAGAAGCUGCAGCAGACCAUCAGGAAGGCGGAGACUCUGCCCGAGGUGGAGGCGGAGCUAGCACAGAGGGUGGCGGCCCUCACCAAAGUCAGUCCCGCCCCCACGCCGUCAAUCAUCAUGUCUCCUGAGAGGACACCCCUCUCCAUUUUUCAUCCUUUCCCCUGUGUGUGUGUGUGUGUGUGUUUGGAGGCAGGCACAAUGAUGCAUUUGUUUGUGUGUGACGUCACAGGAUGUGUAAAGGAAUGCUCUACUCUCUCUAACCCAAUCCCACCAAGCCCCUACCUCCUAUGCGCUUGUGGACACACACACACACACACACACACACACACACACAGAGGUAGUUCCCUUUACAUUGGGCAUUACAUUUUUUGGAGGGUAUGAUCUUAGUUCCUCUACCUUUCUCACUCAUCAUUAUUCAGGAUUCAUUCGUGAUUAUCCGUAACCAUGGCAGCAUCCACAUUUUAAUAUAGCAGUGUUUAGAAACAUCUUCUGUUCUUAUUUACAAUAAAAGUGACUCUAAAAUGACACAAUACAUAGUUCACAAUUCAGUUUCUAUUGGGCAAAAAACGUAAUCUGAGAAACAAACCAAAACAAACUUAAAAUGCAUCCAACAAGUUUUGUAGAGUCACAAGCUCCAUGUAUUCAUUGCGUGCUAGGAAUAUGGUACCAAAUACUAAACGUCUUACUAUUUUAAUACACUAGAAGUGAAUUUGUCAAAAUACUUAUGGAAAGACAAAACAUAUUCAAAUGGGCGACUAUAUACAGUGCAAGUAUUCAGACUCCUUGACUUUUUCCAAAUGUUGUUACGUUACAGCCUAACAUGCUGACCACACCGCCCACGUCGUGUGCGCGAGGGUUGCAAAAUAAAUGUACACAUACAUGUUAUUCAAUCAUUGCACCCACACCGCUCGUGCGCGUCAACGAACAUCUGCGUAGCCAGGCGCUAAAAUAGAACUUGGUUCUAUUUGUGACGCUUGACGGCACUGCAAGUCCCGCCUCUCCCAUCUCCUUAUUGGUUUUUAGGAGCAUUUACCCACGUGGGUGAUUGAAAGAUGAACUGAGGUCCACACUCCAGUCCAGUUGGUAUGGUAAUGCAUCUUUUAAAGUUGGUUGCCAACCGCCAUAUAAAGUCCAAAGAAGAAGAAGCCUGAAAAUAAAAUAACAACCCAAUGUUUAUUUCCCAGGGCAAAUUAGCUAGCAACAGCAAGCUAGAUAGCUAAAUUGCCAUAAAUGUUUAAUGCUUUUCGACCUGUCCCCAAAUUAAUAUAGUUGGUUCAGAGUUCGUUUUGAUAUUUCAACCUGCGUGUCCUGAUGGCGUCUGGUGUGGUCUGCAUGUUAUUCUGAAAUGGAUCAAACAUUUGUAAAAUCCUCAUCAAUCUACACACGUUACCCAAUAAUGACAAAGCGAAAACAGGUUUUUAGAAAUGUUUGUUAAUUUAUUAUAAAUAAACUGAAAUAUUACAUUUUAUGUAAGUAAUUCAGACCAUUUACUCAGUACUUUGUUGAAGCAUCUUUGGCAGCUAUUACAGCCUCGAGUCUUCUUGGGUAUGACGCUACAAGUUUGGCAUUGAGCUCAGGUGCAUCCUGUUUCCAUUGAUCAUCCUUGAGAUAUUUCUACAACUUGAUUGGGGUCCACCUGUGGUAAAUUCAGUUGAUUGGACAUGAUUUGGAAAGUCACACACCUGUCUAUAUAAAGUCCCACAGUUGAUAGUGCAUGUCAGAGCAAAACCCAAGCCAUGAGGUCAAAGGAAUUGUCCGUAGAGCUCCGAGACAGGAUUGUGUCGAGGCACAGAUCUGGGAAAUGGUACCAAAAAAGUUCUGCCGCAUUGAAGGUCCCCAAGAACAGUGGCCUCCAUCAUUCUUAAAUGGAAGAAGUUUGGAACCACCAAGACUCUUCCUAGAGCUGGCCGCCCAGCCAAACUGAGCAAUCGGGGGAGAAGGGCCUUGGUCAGGGAGGUGACCAAGAACCAGAUGGUCACUCUGAAAGAGCUCCAGAGUUCCUCUGUGGAGAUGGGAGAACCUUCCAGAAGGACAACUAUCUCUGCAGCACUCCACCAAUCAGGCCUUUAUGGUACAGUGGCCAGACGGAAGCCACUCCUCAGUAAAAGGCACAUGACAGCCCGCUUGGAGUUUGCCAAAAGGCACCUAAAGGACUCUGACCAUGAGAAACAAGAUUGUCUGGUCUGAUGAAACCAACUCUUUGGCCUGAAUGCCCAGCUUCGCAUCUGGAGGAAACCUGGCACCAUCCCUACGGUGAAACAUAGUGGUGGCAGCAUCAUGCUGUGGGGAUGUUUUUCAGCGGCAGGUACUGGCAGACUAGUCAGGAUCGAGGGAAAGAUGAACAGAGCAAAGUACAGAGAGAUCCUUGAUGAAAACCUGCUCCAGAGCACUAAGGACCUCAGACUGGGGUGGAGGUUCACCUUCCAACAGGACAAUGACCCUAAGCACACAGCCAAGACAAUGCAGGAGUGGCUUCGGGACAAGUCUCUGAAUGUCCUUGAGUGGCCCAGCCAGAGCCCGGACUUGAACCCGAUCUAACAUCUCUGGAGAGACCUCAAAAUAGCUGUGCAGCGACGCUCCCCAUCCGACCUGACAGAACUUGAGAGGAUCUGCAGAGAAGAAUGGGAGAAACUCCCCAAAUACAGGUGUGCCAUGUUUGUAGCGUCCUACCCAAUAAGACUUGAGGCUGUAAUCACUGCCAAAGGUGCUUCAACAAAGUGCUGAGUAAAGGGUCUGAAUACUUAUGUAAAUGUGAUAUUUCAGUUUUUUCUUCUUUUUUUAAAAAUGUCUAAAUACCUGUUUUUGCUUUGUCAUUAUGAGGUAUUGUGUGUAGAUUGAUGAGGGAUUUAUUUAUUUAUUAUUCCAUUUGAGAAUAAGGCUGUAACGUAACAAAAUGUGGGAAAAGUCAAGGAGUCUGAAUACUUUCCGAAUGCACUGUAAAUAGUGCUUUCAUUUCUAAACACUAAAACAGAUAUGUAUGAAAAUACCCAGAAAUAAAAGGUGACCUUCUGUGCUGUCGUCUCAUAUGAAACAUUUGAUCUGAAAUCCAAAAUGCUGGAGUAUAGAGCCAAAUGUACACAUUUAUAGCUUCACUGUCUGAAUAAAUACUUAGGGGAGUGUACAUCAACUCUCUUUUCACAAGUUAUCUUCAUCUUAGCAGCUACUCUCUUCCUUACUCUUCAUUUUAACUCUUUAAGAAGCAGAGAUUUCAGUGUAGAACCUGUCACUGCCACCACCACCCAUCUACCUCCAUCUAACCACCCAACUACCUCCAUCUAACCAUUUAACCACCCAACUACCUCCAUCUAACCAUUUAACCACCCAACUACCUCCACCUAACCAUUUAACCACCCAACUACCUCCACCUAACCAUUUAACCACCCAACUACCUCCACCUAACCAUUUAACCACCCAACUACCUCCACCUAACCAUUUAACCACCCAACUACCUCCACCUAACCAUUUAACCACCCAACUACCUCCACCUAACCAUUUAACCACCCAACUACCUCCACCUAACCAUUUAACCACCCAACUACCUCCACCUAACCAUUUAACCACCCAACUACCUCCAUCUAACCAUUUAACCACCCAACUACCUCCAUCUAACCAUUUAACCACCCAACUACCUCCAUCUAACCAUUUAACCACCCAACUACCUCCAUCUAACCAUUUAGCCACCCUUCUACCUCCACCUAACCAUUUAGCCACCCUUCUACCUCCACCUAACCAUUUAACCACCCUUCUACCUCCACCUAACCAUUUAACCACCCUUCUACCUCCAUCUAACCAUUUAACCACCCUUCUACCUCCACCUAACCAUUUAACCACCCUUCUACCUCCACCUAACCAUUUAACCACCCGUCUACCUUCACCUAACCAUUUAACCACCCUUCUACCUCCACCUAACCAUUUAACCACCCUUCUACCUCCACCUAACCAUUUAACCACCCAACUACCUCCACCUAACCAUUUAACCACCCAACUACCUCAUCUAACCAUUUAACCACCCAACUACCUCCAUCUAACCACCCAGCUACCUCCACCUAAGUGGUCCUCUGUAGCUCAGCUGGUAGAGCACAGCGCUUGUAACGCCAGGGUAGUGGGUUCGAUCCCCGGGACCACCCAUACACAAAAAUGUAUGGAGGCAUGACUGUAAGUCGCUUUGGAUAAAAGCGUCUGCUAAAUGGCUUUAUUAUUAUUAUUAUUAUUAUUAUUAUUAACCACCCAACUACCUCAUCUAACCACCCAACUACCUCAUCUAACCACCCAACUACCUCAUCUAACCACCCAACUGCCUCCACCUAACCACCCAGCUACCUCCAUCUAACCACCCAACUGCCUCCACCACAUCUUUUGUCUAGUAAUCUCUGCUGGUCCUGUCUGUCAGUCCACAGUCUUUAGUCCGGUCUGUCAGUCCACGGCCAUUAGUCCUUUCUGUCAGUCCACGGCCUUUAGUCCGGUCUGUCAGUCCACGGCCUUUAGUCCGGUCUGUCAGUCCACGGCCUUUAGUCCGGUCUGUCAGUCCACGGCCUUUAGUCCGGUCUGUCAGUCCACGGCCUUUAGCUGCACUAAAACUCUAUUCCCUCUUUCUCUUGUACUAAAGUACCUCCUGCUUUCUCUCUCUCUCUCUCUCUUCCUCUCCUCUCCUCUCCUCUCCUCUCCUCUCCUCUCCUCUCCUCUCCUCUCCUCUCCUCUCCUCUCCUCUCCUCUCCUCUCCUCUCCUCUCCUCUCCUCUCCCUCACUGUCGUCUUUUCCUCUCUGUUCCUUGUUUGGUCUGUCCUCAACCUUUACCUCCCCCCUAGCCUGACGCCUCGGGCUCUAAGGAUGUCAAGGCACAGAGGAAGGUAGACUGGCUACACUCACACCCCAGCCCCCUCUCUUACCCCCACCCAGUGGUCUAACCCAGCCUGCUUAGCUUGGCACUGCUAAUCUAUGUUUUAAGUAUAUGUCUGUGCACAACCCCCCUCAUCCUCUCCCAACCUCUACAAAUUGUUUAUGAUCUAACACAAACAGGAAGUGCUACUUCAUUUACCCCCCCCCCCCCCCCCCCCCCCCCCAACAGGGUUUUAGUAUGGCGGCCCGGCCACUAAGGAGCCUGCUUUCUCCGGCAGUUGAGUUAUCCAAACUCGCGCAGACAUUUUGAUUCACUUUUUAUUUUAAUGUUCAUAUUUUCUUGGUUACAUUGGAUCACCCCGCACAGAAUACUUCCCUUUAGCCAGUAACUCUCUCCCCUCUCCACAUUUGUCUAAGCACACUGCAGAGCCAUUAAAAUGAGAAAAGCUUCAGUUUCUUCACCCCUCAGCUCCCCUUGUGUUUCUAGUCUGUGCUUGCUGUGUGGAAUGUCGUCAUGGGGCUUGUCUGUACUGCUCUGUGUCCCUCUACCCUCUCCCCCGUCUCUGCUGGUUCAUGGCUGCUACUGGCUGGCUGUAGAUGGUUGUUGUUGGUGUCUGGUUGUUGGUGUUUGUGGGUGGAUGGGCCCCUUAACCCCCCAUAACCAAUAACAUUAACCUAUAUGGUACUGAGCCUCUGAUUGGGCCUUUUCAGUUACAUCCUUCUCCAGGAUCAUUUGUAUUGAUCUGAAAGGAGCUGCUACACCUAGACAGUCCUCUGACACCUAGCCAACCCUCUUCAACGUAGCCAGUCCUCUGACACCUAGCCAACCCUCUUCAACGUAGCCAGUCCUCUGACACCUAGCCAACCCUCUUCAACUUAGCCAGUCCUCUGACACCUAGCCAGUCCUCUGACACCUAGCCAACCCUCUUCAACUUAGCCAGCCCUCUUCAACUUAGCCAGCCCUCUUCAACUUAGCCAGCCCUCUUCAACUUAGCCAGUCCUCUGACACCUAGCCAACCCUCUUCAACUUAGCCAGUCCUCUGACACCUAGCCAGUCCUCUGACACUUAGCCAGCCCUCUUCAACUUAGCCAACCCUCUUCAACUUAGCCAACCCUCUUCAACUUAGCCAGUCCUCUGACACCUAGCCAGUCCUCUGACACCUAGCCAACCCUCUUCAACUUAGCCAGUCCUCUGACACCUAGCCAGUCCUCUGACACCUAGCCAACCCUCUUCAACUUAGCCAGUCCUCUGACACCUAGCCAACCCUCUUCAACUUAGCCAGUCCUCUGACACCUAGCCAACCCUCUUCAACUUAGCCAGCCCUCUUCAACUUAGCCAGCCCUCUUCAACUUAGCCAGCCCUCUUCAACUUAGCCAGCCCUCUUCAACUUAGCCAGCCCUCUUCAACUUAGCCAGCCCUCUUCAACUUAGCCAGCCCUCUUCAACUUAGCCAGCCCUCUGACACUUAGCCAACCCUCUUCAACUUAGCCAGUCCUCUGACCCCUAGCCAGUCCUCUUCAACUUUGCCAGUCCUCUGACACCUAGCCAACCCUCUCAGAUCUAUACAAAUUCCUAAAGGGUAGAGGUUAGGGAAUGGGUCUUUUUUGGAAGGAUGAGGUGUUUGACAAAGUCUGUCUGUCUGUCCCACAGGCGGAGGAGCGUCAUGGCAACGUGGAGGAGAGGCUGAGGCAGAUGGAGACUCAGCUGGAGGAGAAGAACCAGGAACUCCUCAGGGUGAGGUCACCUGGCUGGCUGUCGUCUGUGUUGUUUACAGAUGUGGUCCUUGGACUCUCUGAUUUUAGCAUUGUACUUUAAACGUAGACAAUAUAUUCAUCCUCAUUCUCAUUCAAAUAACUAAUCGAAGAUUGUACUUCGAACAAUCGAAAGAUCCAUUAAUUAACAGAAAAUUUAAAGAAAAUGUGUGUCGUGAAAUGUUUCCCGUCAUGCUCUGUCUGGGAGGUUUUGUGAUUAGUGGGUUUGUUUUGUGGUGUGAAGGCACGCCAGCGGGAGAAGAUGAACGAGGAUCACAACAGGCGUCUGUCGGAGACGGUGGACAAGCUGCUGUCAGAGUCCAACGAGAGGUUACAGCUUCACCUCAAGGAGAGGAUGUCUGCCCUGGAGGACAAGGUGGGUGGGACGUGCUAAAUGGCAGUUCAUUCAAUCCGUACCUCUAUAGCUGAACCCACUGGGACAAUGCUGUGGUCAUUAUCUAUAGCUGAACCAAGCUGGGACAAUGCUGUGGUCAUUAUCUAUAGCUGAACCAAGCUGGGACAAUGCUGUGGUCAUUAUCUAUAGCUGAACCAAGCUGGGACAAUGCUGUGGUCAUUAUCUAUAGCUGAACCAAACUGGGACAAUGCUGUGGUCAUUAUCUAUAGCUGAACCCACUAGGACAAUGCUGUGGUCAUUAUCUAUAGCUGAACCAAACUGGGACAAUGCUGUGGUCAUUAUCUAUAGCUGAACCCACUGGGACAAUGCUGUGGUCAUUAUCUAUAGCUGAACCAAACUGGGACAAUGCUGUGGUCAUUAUCUAUAGCUGAACCCACUGGGACAAUGCUGUGGUCAUUAUCUAUAGCUGAACCAAGCUGGGACAAUGCUGUGGUCAUUAUCUAUAGCUGAACCAAGCUGGGACAAUGCUGUGGUCAUUAUCUAUAGCUGAACCAAGCUGGGACAAUGCUGUGGUCAUUAUCUAUAGCUGAACCCACUGGGACAAUGCUGUGGUCAUUAUCUAUAGCUGAACCCACUGGGACAAUGCUGUGGUCAUUAUCUAUAGCUGAACCAAACUGGGACAAUGCUGUGGUCAUUAUCUAUAGCUGAACCAAGCUGGGACAAUGCUGUGGUCAUUAUCUAUAGCUGAACCAAGCUGGGACAAUGCUGUGGUCAUUAUCUAUAGCUGAACCCACUGGGACAAUGCUGUGGUCAUUAUCUAUAGCUGAACCCACUGGGACAAUGCUGUGGUCAUUAUCUAUAGCUGAACCAAGCUGGGACAAUGUUGUGGUCAUUAUCUAUAGCUGAACCCACUGGGACAAUGCUGUGGUCAUUAUCUAUAGCUGAACCCACUGGGACAAUGCUGUGGUCAUUAUCUAUAGCUGAACCAAGCUGGGACAAUGUUGUGGUCAUUAUCUAUAGCUGAACCCACUGGGACAAUGCUGUGGUCAUUAUCUAUAGCUGAACCCACUGGGACAAUGCUGUGGUCAUUAUCUAUAGCUGAACCCACUGGGACAAUGCUGUGGUCAUUAUCUAUAGCUGAACCCACUGGGACAAUGCUGUGGUCAUUAUCUAUAGCUGAACCAAGCUGGGACAAUGCUGUGGUCAUUAUCUAUAGCUGAACCAAACUGGGACAAUGCUGUGGUCAUUAUCUAUAGCUGAACCCACUGGGACAAUGCUGUGGUCAUUAUCUAUAGCUGAACCAAGCUGGGACAAUGCUGUGGUCAUUAUCUAUAGCUGAACCCACUGGGACAAUGCUGUGGUCAUUAUCUAUAGCUGAACCCACUGGGACAAUGCUGUGGUCAUUAUCUAUAGCUGAACCAAGCUGGGACAAUGUUGUGUUGAUUCUCCAUGUGCUGUCUCUCCUCUUCAUCAGAAUGCCCUCAUAAGAGAUCUGGAUCACACUAAGAAGCUGAUUGAGGCGGCACACCAUGAGAAGGUAAGGACCUCUGGGUACUCUGGGUACUGACUGCUCUGAACGACUGGAGACCUGGUGUGUCAUCGCUGGGUUUGGAUUCUCAUCCCCCAUGACAUCCCUCAUGUCUGUCUUUCUCUGCUCCCCUCUCCCUCCCUACCACCUCCCUCCAUACCCCCUCCUUCCCUCCCUCCAUACCCCCUCCUUCCCUCCCUCCAUACCCCCUCCUUACCUCCCUCCAUACCCCCUCCUUCCCUCCCUCCAUACCCCCUCCUUACCUCCCUCCAUACCCCCUCCUUCCCUCCCUCCAUACCCCCUCCUUACCUCCCUCCAUACCCCUCCUUCCCUCCCUCCAUACCCCCUCCUUCCCUCCCUCCCUACCACCCCUCAUUCCCUCCCUCCCUCUAUACCCCCUCCCCUACCCCCCUCAUUCCCUCAUUCCCUCUAUACCCCCCUCCCCCUACCCCCUCCCUCCCUACCCCCUCAUUCCCUCUCUCCCUCUAUAACCCCCUCCCCCUACCCCCUCAUUCCCUCUAUACCCCUCCCCCUACCCCCCUCCCUCCCUACCCCCCUCAUUCCCUCUAUAACCCCCCUCCCCCUACCCCCCUCCCUCCCUACCCCCCUCCUCCCCCUCUCCCUCCUUACCCCCUCCUUUCCUCUCCUCCCUCCCCCUCCUCUCUCCCUCCCUCCCUCCCUCCCUCCCUCCCUACCCCCUCAUUCCUUCCCUCCCUCCCUCCCUCCUUACCCCCUCAUUCCCUCUCUCCCUCCCUCUCUCAGGAGCAGCUACUGAUCCAGAUUGAGACGAUGCGGGCAGAGAACGAUCAGGGCAGGAGCAACUCACUGCUGCACCAUGGGUAAGAUCAUCUGCUUUCUCCUCAUUGGCUGUCCUAGACUCUGGCCCACACAUGAUUGGCCAGUGCUCUGGCCUCUCUGUCCACCUCUUUCUUUGUGAUUGAUCUAUUGUGUGUGAUGUGUGUGUGAUGUGUGUGUGUGUGUGUGUGCGCUCUCAGGCGUUCUCACCUAGGCAGCACCCCAGACUUCAGGUACCCGGUGUCGGCCUCCUCCAUGAUGGACAGCCACUCGGACCACUACGGCAGCGCGCUGGUGCUGAGGCGGCCCCAGAAGGGGCGGUUUGCCGCGCUACGGGACGAACCCUCCAAGGUGAGCCCCCACAGCCCUGUGUGUCCUAGUGAGGGACCGUUUAAAUGUAAUAUUGGCAGCUGUCUGUCUGUCUGGUGGACCUAGCUACUGAUGUUCCAUUCAAUUCACCCCAGCAGUCCAGCUAUCUGUUUUCUGUGUUGAAGUCAUCUCCGGCCCACAAACUGUUGUCCCUCUCCUUCCCUCCCUCCCUCUCUCCCUCUCUCAUUUGAUCUCACUGUAUCUGAUGGUGUUCUCUCUCUCCCUUUCUUUGCUUCCUCUCUGGACAUCAGAGACAUGUAAGUCAGAAUGAAGACAACCGUGAUGAUGAUGAUUUGAUGUUGGUCUUCAGUCUUUGCAGUGCAUGGUUAAAAGGUAUUCAGGACCGUCUGAUACCAUCAGUCUAACUCUCUCUCUCUCUCGCUCUCCUCUCUCUCUCUCUCCUCUCUCGCUCCUCUCUCUCUCUCUCUCUCUCUCUCUCUCCUCCUCUCUCCUCUCUCUCUCUCUCUCUCUCUCUCGCUCUCUCUCUCUCUCUCUCGCUCUCUCUCGCUCUCUCUCUCUCUCGCUCUCUCUCUCUCUCGCUCUCUCUCUCUCGCUUUCUCUCUCUCUCUGUCUCUGUGUCUCUGUCUCUGUGUCUCUGUCUCUCUCUCCCAUCUCAGGUCCAGACUCUGAAUGAACAGGAGUGGGAGCGUGUGCAGCAGGCUAAUGUUCUGGCCAACGUUGCUCAGGCGUUUGAGUCUGACCUGGACACGUCCGACCUGGAGGACGAUGAGCGCGAGACCAUCUUCAGCUCAGUGGACCUGCUGUCCCCCGCCGGCCAGGCCGACGCCCAGACCCUGGCUCUCAUGCUGCAGGAGCAGCUGGACGCCAUCAACAACGAGAUCAGGUGCACACACACACGCCCCUACUGCUACUCAUUGGAUCAGCAUGUUAUAUAUCAACAACGAGAUCAGGUGCACACACACACGCCCCUACUGCUACUCAUUGGAUCAGCAUGUUAUAUAUCAACAACGAGAUCAGGUGCACACACACACGCCCCUACUGCUACUCAUUCUAUCAGCAUGUUAUAUGUAUUUCAACAUCAUUCUGGAUCUGUCAUUCUAAUAAUCUUUUGAGUAACAUUUUCCCAUUUUCAUUUUAGGGAAAACAAGGAGAUACUAACACUAACAUCUCUUUCUCUCUCCCCUCGCUUUCUCUCACUCCUCCCCCCCCUCUUUCUCUCUCCCCUCGCUUUCUCUCACUCCUCCCCCCUCUCCUCGCUCGCGCUCUCUCCCUUCUCUCUCUCUCUCUCUCUCUCUCCUCUACCCCCCCCCAGGAUGAUUCAGGAGGAGAAGGAGAACACAGCCAUGCUGGCAGAGGAGAUGGAGAGCCGGGUGGGCAGUGGGGACAGCCUGGGGGGCAGUCGCUUCCGCUCCAUGAGCUCCAUCCCCCCCUCCUCCAUGGGGGGCUCGUCGCCCCCCGGCUCAGGCUCCUCCACCCCGCGACGCAUCCCCAACCGCAGCCCCAACCGAGAGGUGGACCGCAUGGGAGUCAUGACCCUGGUGAGAGAGAGACCUACGCCCUAUGCACUUGUGGAGAUCUUAGAGGAGUUGAUUAGUAUACGUAAUGUGGUGAAACUUUCAGCUAGCCUAUCAGAGAGCAAGUGGAGCUAUCAUCAUAUUACCUACACUUGUUAAAUCCUCUCUGAUCUCCACAAGUGCAUAGGACGUAGGGUUUAGGGGGUGAUUUGGGAUUGGGUCCCACACUCCAUCCAUCAUCGCUCUCCUUUUACUCAUUCAGCGUCAGUCCAUCCAUGUUGAUCAACCAGCUCCUCUCUGAAACAACCACCCCUUACCUCCUCCUCUAGAAUUACAUCCUCCUCCUCCUCCUCUAGAAUUACAUCAUUCUCCUCCUCCUCUAGAAUUACAUCCUACUCCUCCUCUAGAAUUACAUCCUCCUCCUCCUCUAGAAUUACAUCCUCCUCCUCCUCCUCUAGAAUUACAUCCUCCUCCUCCUCCUCUAGAAUUACAUCCUCCUCCUCCUCCUCUAGAAUUACAUCCUCCUCCUCCUCCUCUAGAAUGACAUCCUCCUCCUCUAGAAUUACAUCAUUCUCCUCCUCCUCUAGAAUUACAUCCUCCUCCUCCUCCUCUAGAAUUACAUCCUCCUCCUCCUCCUCUAGAAUGACAUCCUCCUCCUCCUCCUCUAGAAUGACAUCAUCCUCCUCCUCCUCUAGAAUGACAUCCUCCUCCUCUAGAAUUACAUCCUCCUCCUCCUCUCGUCGAUCUCUCUCUCUCUCUCUCUCUCCCUCCUCUCUUCUCUCUCUCCAUUCCUUUAGCUUCACUAACUGUCAUCUCUCAUUAUUGGUUCAGUUAUACCAUCCCUUGUUCAUACUAGUCUACAGGAGCUUCGUUUCAUGUGUUGUCAGAUCUUUGUCCAUUAGAAUCUGUUUUGAUCUGUUCAGUGUUUGUGACACGUUCAUGGAACUAGCUACUAGUUUGGCAUUUUGUAUUUGGUAGGUGACGUGUGUGUGUAACCUGUGCCUGUGUUCCCCCAGCACUACCUCUAUGACCCCUAUGUGAUCCAGAGGUCUCUGUCCCAGCAGCAGACAGUAGCUUACCUGCCCUACCCUGCUGCUAGCGUUAGCUUACCUGUCCCCCCUGCCUGUAGCUAUGCUCCAUGCUACUUCCAGGUACCACCCCCUACCCUGCUCCUCUCUUCACCAGGCAGCGUUCAGUCAGCCUGGGGUCGCACUCACACACACACCGUCCCACGGUCCAUCUGUGGGGCCACACAGCAAUCACUAGCUGGUCACUAGCCUCUCAUGGCAGGGUUUUGAAGUUGUCCUAGAAUGCCGGGCCCCCAUUGGACUUCAGAAAGAGAUCAGGCAGAUGGCUUAACCAAUGAAGAUGCAGAGCGAAUGCAAAAACUCUGUUUGGCUGUUAGCUCAUCACACACCAGACAGAAUGGCUGUAGAUUUUGAUAUCAGUUAAAGUAGAGCCUUGUUGUGCUCAAUUAAGACCUAAUUUCAGACACGACUGAGUUAAAUGACUUAUUUUCCCCUCAGCUUGAUUAAGUUCUGUGUUUGACUUCUGUCCCCCCCUCCACUUCCUGGUACUCUUAUCGCUUCCUGUCGCUUGGGGGUGGUUCAGAGCAGGGCUUGGAGAACCUUCCAUGGAAAUAUGUGCUGCUAUUCCAUUUGUUUAUUUACUCUAGAGAUGCCAGGCUAGAGAAAAGGCAUGCAGGGGCACAUCAACCCUAGCUGCCUCACUCCCCCGUCACAUGACACGAGUCCCAUAUCCCUGGCUGCCUCACUCCCCUGUCACAUGACACUAGUCCCAUAUCCCUGGCUGCCUCACUCCCCUGUCACAUGACAUGAGUCACAUAUUAUUACCACAGUCCUAGGUUGUGUUCAGUAGGGCACACCGUGGCAAAACAUUUAAAAACGGAAUUGGACACGUUGAUGCUGCUUUCCUCCAUGUUGUGCCCCCUGAACAUGACCCAGGCCUGUUCCUUUAGGUAAACAGUCUGGUGUUGUGUGUUUCAUUUCCUGCUUCAACUUAAACCAAUUAAUUAGCGUAUGUUAUUUUUAAGAACACCCAUGUGAGAGAGCACGGUCGGUGUGUGUGUGUGAGAGCGACCCCUUAAAGCAGUAGCUUAGCCAUUAGCUACUACCACAGACUGACCCCCCUCCUCCCGGAGUGUGUUUUGCAGUGGUUUCACUCUGCUCCCUCCUCUGAUCUUUGACCUCGGUGUGGUUCCCCCAGACAGUGUACACUACCGGUCAAAGAACACCUACUCAUUCAAGGGUUUUUCUUUAUUUUUACUAUUUUCUACAUUGUAGAAUAAUAGUGAAGACAUCAAAACUAUGAAAUAACACAUAUGGAAUCAUGUAGUAACCAUAAAAGUGUUAAACAAAUCAAAAAUAUAUUUUAUAUUUGAGGUUCUUCAAAGUAGCCACCCUUUGCCUUGAUGACAGCUUUGCACGCUCUUGGCAUUCUCUCAACCAGCUUCAUGAGGUAGUCACCUGUGUGCUGGGCCUUGGGUUCUGCUGGUAGUGUGUGUGUGUGCUGGGCCUUGGGUUCUGCUGGUAGUGUGUGUGUGUGCUGGGCCUUGGGUUCUGCUGGUAGUGUGUGUGUGUGCUGGGCCUUGGGUUCUGCUGGUAGUGUGUGUGUGCUGGGCCUUGGGUUCUGCUGGUAGUGUGUGUGUGUGCUGGGCCUUGGGUUCUGCUGGUAGUGUGUGUGUGUGCUGGGCCUUGGGUUCUGCUGGUAGUGUGUGUGACUAACGUGCUCUCUUCUCUCCUCCUCCGCUGCUUCAGCCUAGUGACCUGCGCAAGCACCGCAGGAAGGUAAUCUAGAAACCAUGCUAGCUACUACUCUCUCUCUCUCUCUGGCCUCUACCCUGUCUGUCUGUCUGUCUGUCUGUCUGUCUGUCUGUCUGUCUGUCUGUCUGUCUGCCUGUCUGCCUGUCUGCCUGUCUGCCUGUCUGUCUGUCUGUCUGUCUGUCUCCUUCCCAACCAUACGCUGUUUUCCAGACUCUACACCCCCCAUAAAAUGUGACUUCACAACCCCCCCCCACCACGUGGUUCAACCCUACACCUCCCAAACCCUGAGUGUCUUGAACAUCCUGUCACAAAGCGAGGGGAGACUUAUUGUUUUCUUUCCAGGUUCAAGAACCAGUCUGUUUCUGCUGCUCUACCAUACUCCCCAUCGACUCCAUACAGAGAAGGAAAAUACUAUUUUCCAUUAGAUUAGAAGACAGUGACUGACUGAGUGUCCCCAUGUUGUGUCUAGUCUGCCCAGGACGACAAGGCCACCAUCCAGUGUGAGACGUCUCCCCCCAACUCCCCGCGCUCCAUGCGCCUACACAAGGGGGCCAUCCACACUGCCAGCCAUGAGGACAUCAGAGACAUCCGCAGGUAGGAAGGACCUUUCUGCCUCACGUCAAUAUAUCAUUCUGUUCGUUUUCUAGAAGAGCAAUAUAUUGAUGCUGGUCUCUUCGUUUCUCUCUUCUUCUGUCGUUCUCAUAUCUGUCCAUCCAUCUAUCUCUUCAUCCCUCUGUUUCUGAUCUCUCCAUCAAUUUAUCUAUCCACAUAUCUCUCUCCAUCGCUUUCUCUCUCUGUAUGUCUCUUUAUGCAUUCAUGCUCAUCUCUCUCUCCGCCUCUCUCUCACCCCCCUCCUUCCACUCUCGCCUCCCUCCUCCCUCUCUCCCCCUUCUCUCUCUCCCCCUUCUCUCUCUCCCCCACCUCUCUCUCCCCCACCUAUCUCCCCCCCUUCUCCCCCACCUAUCUCUCCCCCUUCUCCCCCACCUAUCUCUCCCCCUUCUCCCCCACCUAUCUCUCCCCCCUCUCCCCACCUAUCUCUCCCCACCUAUCUCUCCCCCCUCUCCCCCACCUCUGAUCUCUUCCCACCUCUCUCCCCCCCACCUCUGUCUCUCUCCCCCCCUCUCCCCCCCUCUGUCUCUCUCUCCCCCCCCACUCUCUCUCUCCCCACCCCUAUCUCUCUCUCCCCUCUCUCUCCCCCACCUAUCUCUCUCUCCCCACCUCUCUCUCUCCCCCACCUCUCUCUCUCUCCCCCACCUAUCUCUCUCUCCCCCACCUAUCUCUCUAUCCCCACCUCCUCUCUCUCUCUCCCCCAACCUCUCUCGCUCUCCCCACUUAUCUCUCUCUCCCCCACAUCUCUCUCUCCCCCUAUCUCUCUUCCCCACCUCUCUCUCCUAUCUCUCUCUACCCCACCUUUCUCUCUCUCCCCACACUCUCCUCUCUCUCCCCACCUCUCUCUCUCUCCCCACCUCUCUCUCUCUCCCCCCUCUCUCUUCCCCCCCUCCCCCACCUAUCUCUCCCCACCUCUCUCUCCCCAACCCGCUCUCUCUGCGUCCCCCACCGAUCUCGUCUCUCUCUCCCCGCCCUCCCCACCGUAUCUCUCCCCCACCUCUCUCUCUUCCCCCACCUCUCUCUGCUCCUCCCACCUCUCUCCUCUCUCUCCCCCCACCCCGCCCCCCAUCUACUCCUCUCUCUCCCCGCCCCCCAUCUCUCUCUCCCCCUUCUUGCUCCCCGUCUCAGUAUGGCCACCCUACAGGACGGCCAGGGUAGUAACCCCAGCAGCAGUAAUAGCAGUCAGGACUCUCUGAACAAGGCAGCCAAGAAGAAGAGCAUCAAGUCCUCCAUCGGGCGCCUCUUCGGCAAGAAGGAGAAGGGUCGGCCAGGCCCCCCAGGGAGCAAGGAGUUCCCUGGCAGCCAAGGUCAGUCCCCCCUCCCUAGAACAUACCUGCUGAGUCAUGUUCAUUAGGCAACAAACAGAUGAAAAAAACUGAAACCGGGAAGGGACUACCUAGACUGAAGUUGACCUCUGACCCUCAUCUCUCCUCAUAGCUGGUACCCCCGAGGCGGAGACCUCUCCCCAGGAUGCACUGGGGCUGGGCAAACUGGGCGGCCCCGCUGAGAAGAACAGGAAACUGCAGAAGAAGUAGGUGUUUCCACAUCCCGUCACCGCUUCUGUCAGUGACGCAACAUACAGUGCAUUCAGAAAGUAUUUAGACCCCUUGACUUUUUCCACAUUUUGUUACAUUACAGCCUUAUUCUAAAGUGGAUUAAAUAGUUUUCCCCCCUCAAUCUACACACAUUACCCCAUAAUGACGAAGCAAAAACAGGUUUUUAUAAAUUUGUGCACAUUUAUUACAAAUAAAAAAACUAUCACAUUUAUGUAAGUAUUCAGACCCUUUACUCAGUACUUUGUUGAAGCACCUUUGGCAGUGAUUACAGCCUCAAGUCUUCUUGGGUACGACGCUACAAGCUUGGCACAUCUGUAUUUGGGGAGUUUCUCCCAUUCUUCUCUGCAGAUCCUCUCAAGCUCUGUCAGGUUGAAUGGGGAGCGUCGCUGCACAGCUAUUUUCAGGUCUCUCCAGAGAUGUUAGAUCGGGUUCAAGCCCAGGCUCUGGCUGGGCCACUCAAGGACAUUCAGAGACUUGUCCCAAAGCCACUCCUGCAUUGUCUUGGCUGUGUGCUUAGGGUCGUUGUCCUGUUGUAAGGUGAACCCUGAGCACUCGGGAGCCGGUUUUCUUCAAGGAUCUCUUUGUACUUUGCUCCAUUCAUCUUUCCCUCAAUCCGGACUAGUCUCCCAGUACCUGCCCCUGAACAACAUCCCCACAGCAUGAUGCUGCCACCACCGUGCUUCACCGUAGAGAUGGUGCCAGGUUUCCUCCAGACGUGACGCUUGGCAUUCAGGCCAAAGAGUUUAAUCUUGGUUUCAUCAAACCAAAGAAUCUUGUUUCUAAUGGUCUGAGAGUCUUUAGGUUCCUUUUGGCAAACUCCAAGUGGGCUGUCAUGUGCCUUUUACUGAGGAGUGGCUUCCAUCUGGCCACUCUACCAUAAAGGUCUGAUUGGUGGAGUGCUGCAGAGAUGGUUGUCCUUCUGGAAGGUUCUCCCAUCUCCACAGAGGAAACUGGUGCUCUGUCAGAGUGACAAACGGGUUCUUGGUCACCUCCCUGGCCAAGGCCCUUCUCCCCCGAUUGCUCAGUUUGGCCGGGCGGCCAGCUCUAGGAAGAGUCUUGGUGGUUCCAAACUUCUUCCAUUUAAGAAUGAUGGAGGCCACUGUGUUCUUGGGGACCUUCAAUGAUGCAGACAUUUUUUGGUACCCUUCCCCAGAUCUGUGCCUCGACACAAUCCUGUCUCGGAGCUCUACGGACAAUUCUUUCGAUCUCAUGGCUUGGUUUUUGCUCUGACAUGCACUAUCAACUGUGGGACCUUAUAUAGACAGGUGUGUGCCUUUCCAAAUCAUGUCCAAUCAAUUGAAUUUACCACAGGUGGACUCCAAUCAAGGAUAAUCAAUGGAAACAAGAUGCACCUGAGCUCAAUUUCGAGUCUCAUAGCAAAGGGUCUGAAUACUCAUGUAAAUAAGGUAUUUCUGUUUUCGCUUUGUCAUUAUGGAGUAUUGUGUGUGUACAUUGAUUAUGAUUUUUUUUUUUUUUCAUCCAUUUUAGAAUAUGGCUGUAACAUAACAAAAUGUGGAAAAAGUCAAGGGGUUUGAGUACUUUCCGAAUGCACUGUAGAUACAUCAGUAGAUAUUACUAAUGGUAGCUAGACAGGUUCUAUCUAGUUAACAGUAGAUAGUCUGAGCGGCUGUGUCUAUGAGUUGGCCACUCGGAUGACUGUAAUCAAUAGGAUAUGCUGUUGCUCUGAGCAGUGACCAGGGUUUUUAACGCUUCCAUCCCAUAGAUAUCAAUCUACUCCAUCAACUGUAGAUCUUGUUGCAUUAGAGGUCAAUCUAGCUCAGAUACGUCUGGUUGAUGGCUCCAGCCAUACAGCUGUUUAUGCUUGUGUGUUCUAUAUGGCCCUUCUAGAUCUGACCAAAGCACUGUAACAGCCCUGUGUUGCUCUAUGCUCACCCUGCCGUGUAGCGCUCUGCCACUUUCUCUCUCACACACAGCCACCGCUGUCCCUCCCAGGGACCUGGCCUCAUGCCUCCCGCCCCAUGCUGUCCCUCCCAGGGGACCUGGCCUCAUGCCCCCCGCCCCAUGCUGUCCCUCCCAGGGGACCUGGCCUCAUGCCCCCGCCCCAUGCUGUCCCUCCCAGGGGACCUGGCCUCAUGCCCCCGCCCCAUGCUGUCCCUCACAGGGGACCUGGCCUCAUGCCCCCGCCCCAUGCUGUCCUCAUGCCCCCGCCCCAUGCUGUCCUCAUGCCCCCGCCCCAUGCUGUCCCUCCCAGGGGACCUGGCCUCAUGCCCCCGCCCCAUGCCCCCGCCCCAUGCUGUCCCUCCCAGGACCUGGCCUCAUGCCCCCGCCCCUGCUGUCCCUCCCAGGGGACCUGGCCUCAUGCCCCCGCCCCAUGCUGUCCCUCCCAGGGGACCUGGCCUCAUGCCCCCGCCCCAUGCUGUCCCUCCCAGGGGACCUGGCCUCAUGCCCCCGCCCCAUGCUGUCCCUCCCAGGGGUCCUGGCCUCAUGCCCCCGCCCCAUGCUGUCCCUCCCAGGGGUCCUGGCCUCAUGCCCCCCGCCCCAUGCUGUCCCUCCCAGGGGACCUGGCCUCAUGCCCCCGCCCCAUGCUGUCCCUCCCAGGGGACCUGGCCUCAUGCCCCCGCCCCAUGCUGUCCCCUCCCAGGGGACCUGGCCUCAUGCCCCCGCCCCAUGCUGUCCCUCCCAGGGGACCUGGCCUCAUGCCCCCGCCCCAUGCUGUCCCUCCCAGGGGACCUGGCCUCAUGCCCCCGCCCCAUGCUGUCCCUCCCAGGGGACCUGGCCUCAUGCCCCCGCCCCAUGCUGUCCCUCCCAGGGGACCUGGCCUCAUGCCCCCGCCCCAUGCUGUCCCUCCCAGGGGACCUGGUCUCAUGCCCCCGCCCCAUGCUGUCCCUCCCAGGGGACCUGGCCUCAUGCCCCCGCCCCAUGCUGUCCCUCCCAGGGGACCUGGCCUCAUGCCCCCCGCCCCAUGCUGUCCCUCCCAGGGGACCUGGCCUCAUGCCCCCGCCCCAUGCUGUCCCUCCCAGGGGUCCUGGUCUCAUGCCCCCGCCCCAUGCUGUCCCUCCCAGGGGACCUGGCCUCAUGCCCCCGCCCCAUGCUGUCCCUCCCAGGGGUCCUGGCCUCAUGCCCCCGCCCCAUGCUGUCCCUCCCAGGGGACCUGGCCUCAUGCCCCCGCCCCAUGCUGUCCCUCCCAGGGGACCUGGUCUCAUGCCCCCGCCCCAUGCUGUCCCUCCCAGGGGACCUGGCCUCAUGCCCCCGCCCCAUGCUGUCCCUCCCAGGGGACCUGGCCUCAUGCCCCCGCCCCAUGCUGUCCCUCCCAGGGAACCUGGCCUCAUGCCCCCGCCCCAUGCUGUCCCUCCCAGGGGACCUGGCCUCAUGCCCCCCGCCCCAUGCUGUCCCUCCCAGGGGACCUGGUCUCAUGCCCCCGCCCCAUGCUGUCCCUCCCAGGGGACCUGGUCUCAUGCCCCCGCCCCAUGCUGUCCCUCCCAGGGGACCUGGUCUCAUGCCCCCGCCCCAUGCUGUCCCUCCCAGGGGACCUGGCCUCAUGCCCCCGCCCCAUGCUGUCCCUCCCAGGGGACCUGGCCUCAUGCCCUCGCCCCAUGCUGUCCCUCCCAGGGGCCUGGUCUCAUGCCCCCGCCCCAUGCUGUCCCUCCCAGGGGACCUGGCCUCAUGCCCUCGCCCGUCCCAUCCACACAAACUCAAUCUCCCAUCAUGCAAAUCACUGCAACUCCUCAGCCACACUGCCAGGGUCUGAUUUUUCUAAGGGCCAGUUUCCCGGAUUCCUAUUACAGUAAUUAGUGCUUUUUAGUACAGGGGUAGGCUCUAUCUGUGUCCGGGAAACCAGCCCUAUGCGUUUGUACAGCUUCAUGCUUCUAGUUCAGGUUGAUAUUAUGUAGUGUCGGCCAGGCUUCCAUUUCAUUCAUUUUGAUGAACUAAUGUCCCCCGUUUUUCUUUUGAAGUAAUCAAGGGGUGACUUGUUCAUAGCUGUAAAACUUUCAAUUAUGCAUAAAGUAAGGUGGCUGAAUAUUUGCGUUUUGAGCGAUCAUUUAAUGACGCUUUCGAUAGAUCUACGUUAUUUGAAUACAGUCAAAGCCUGAUUAUCAUUGGCCUUCACCACCAGGAGCUCUCAUUGGCCGUCACCACCAGGAGCUCUCAUUGGCCUAGUUUGCUAUUUUUAAUUGGCUUCAGUUCACUUUUUAUUUAGCUGAUUUUCACCCUUUUAUUUCAUCCCCCUCUCAUUCCAUCUGUAGUCCAAAGACAGGGUGAGUGAUCUCCUCCAUGUUGCUUGUUGCUUUGCCCUCUUUGCCGCCAAACAGUUGGCUUCAUGCUGCCCUCACCAGCUCUCCUAAGACCUGCUCUGUUGUAUUUUCCUCACUGCUAUACCUACAGUACCAUCUCAACUAACAGGAAUGUGCCUAACCUGCCGUUUUAAUAAAGCUUUCUCUGAGCCCCUUCUGGUGUUAACUUCAUCCUUGUACUCUAGUUAUCAGGGUUGGGGUCAAUUCCAUUUCAAUUCCAGUCAAUUCGGAAUGUAAACCCAAUUCCAAAAUGUCCUAAUUUGAAAAGCAUGGUAGAGAAUUGGAAUUUCAGUGUACUUCCUGAAUUCAAUUUUUAUUUGUCACGUGCUUCGUAAACAUGAGACUUAACAGGUGUAGAUUAACAUAAUUAACUGGAAUUGACCGCGACCCUGGAAGUUACCACUGAGACAACUGAGUCAGUCUUGCCAGGUUUAGUUCUGGUCAGGUUCUAGUGGUAUCUUUCCACUGCUAACAGGUUAUUACAAUGCUGUUAUUAGAGUGAAGAAGUGGAUGGAACUAUCCUGUGGACCAAAAUAUUACACACAAAGAAUAGACAAACAUACUAUCUGAGAAGGUUUUUUCCCAUGUAUUCUUUUGCAUGUAUUCGGUCCCCUACUGACGGUUCUCUUAUGGAUGCAUUCUAACUAACGCAAGUUUCCCCCUAUUACUGAACCGUUGUGAUAACUCCGUUUCCCAUGAUGCCCUUAGUCUGUUAGCCACAAAGAUACCGGUUAUGUAACAGUGGCUUGGCAUGAAGGUGGCCUUCUUCUUGACUCAGGAACAGGAGUCUUCCACCAAAUGUAUUGAUUUAAAGGUGACUGUUCUGGAAAUGAUCUGGGGUUGCUCUCUCUCUCUCUCUCUCUCUCUCUAUCUCUAUCUCUCUCUAUAUAUCUCUAUAUCUCUCUCUCUAUAUAUAUAUAUAUAUAUAUCUCUCUCUCUCUAUAUAUAUCUCUAUAUAUAUCUCUCUCUCUCUCUAUAUAUAUAUAUAUAUAUAUAUAUAUAUAUAUAUAUAUAUAUAUAUAUAUAUCUCUCUCUAUUUAUCUUUCUCUGGGUCCGAACUGCCGCAGGGUUAAAAUCCUCAGCUUUCUCUCUGUUUUACCUCGGCAUGGUUACAACAAUGUGUGUGUGAGGUACUGAGUUUUCAUGGUGUGCAGGUUGAGGUGUGUGUAUGGCGUAACGGGCUCGUGUGUCUCUCUCUCUAACCCUGUGUGUUGUUUUAGGCAUGAGUUGCUGGAGGAGGCUCGCAGGCAGAGUCUACCCUUCGCCCAGUGGGACGGCCCUACUGUAGUGGUCUGGUUGGAGGUGAGACGCACACACACACACACCACAAACUAAUAUGCACACACACACACAUUCACCCAAAAACUCUCAUGUGUACACCCACACACACAUUCACCCAAAAACUCUCAUGUGUACACCCACACACACAUUCAAAACACAAAAAUAACCCAAUCCUGUCCUGUUUUUCUCCUGCCCUCCCCUCUCUGCCCUCCCCCUUUCACCUCUGCCCUCCCCUCUCACCUCUGCCCUCCCCUCUCUGCCUCUGCCCUCCCCUCUCUGCCCUCCCCUGCCAGCCUCUGUCCCCUCUCUGCCCUCCCCUGCCACCUCUGUCCCCUCUCUGCCCUCCCCUCUCUGCCCUCCCCUUUCACCUCUGCCCUCCCCUCUCACCUCUGCCCUCCCCUCUCUGCGCUCCCCUUCCACCUCUGUCCCCUCUCUGCCCUCCCCUUCCACCUCUGCCCCUCCGCGUCUCAUGGCCCCUUCCCCUUCCCACCGCUCUGUCCCCUCUCCUCUGCCCUCCCCCUGCCACCUCUGUCCCCCCUCUGCUCUCUUGCCCCCCCUGCCACCCUGAUCACCCCUCUCUUCUCUGCCCCUGUCCCUCUCUCUGCCCUCCCCUGCCACCUCUGUCCCCUCUCUCUGCCCUCCCCUGCCACCUCUGUUCCCUCUGUAGCUGUGGGUGGGUAUGCCAGCCUGGUAUGUGGCGGCGUGUCGUGCCAAUGUGAAGAGCGGUGCCAUCAUGUCUGCCCUGUCGGACACAGAGAUCCAGAGGGAGAUUGGCAUCAGUAACCCCCUCCACCGCCUCAAACUGAGACUGGCCAUCCAGGAGAUCAUGUCCCUCACCUCCCCCUCUGCACCCCCCACCUCCAGAACCGUAAGAGAGAGACACACACAUGCACACACACGCUCACACACACACAAACGAGAACACACACAUACACACGUGUACCCAUACACAGUGACACAUACACACACACACACACCAAAGAUACUGGUAGCUCCAAAAUUAAGACAGUCCAAAGAAAAUAAUGGAGUCCAGCUCAGCCGUGGAUCCUGGAGGACCUGUCCUCUUCUUCCGUUCCUCACCACCUGAUUGGAGCAUGCUACUGUCACUCCUCUAACCAGCUAAUAGCGUUUCUCACUGUAACCUGUCCACCAAUCGGAAUUCACGGAGCAUCACUCACAAGGACUGCCCUGAUUGGGGCCUCUCUCUCUGUCUCUCUCUCUCUCUGUCUCUCUCUCUGUCUCUCUCUCUGUCUCUGUGUGUGUGAAUCAUUUGGUGUGAUUAAUAACAAUACUGUCUGGUCUUCUUAUUUCCCUUACCUUCCUCCCUCGUGUUCUUAAACAAAACAAAUCCUCACUUCCUCUCCCUCCUCCAUCUCCUUUCCCUCUCCUCUCCCUCCUCCCUGUCCUCUCACACGCUUGCAUCACUGGUGAUUCUUGGGAUUGUCACAUGAUCAGUCCACGGGGAACGUGUGGGUCACGCACGAAGAGUUGGAGUGCCUUGCAGCCAUGCCCCCCACGGUUAGUCUGGCCAAGCCAUUGGGCAGUCGCUGGCGACUGGUAGUGAUCUGGUUGGUAGUUGGGUGUUACUCCCUGUGUGUGUGCUUUUCUCACGGCCCUGUUUGUCCAAGUCUGUGUCUUGGUUUGGGCUUUUGGUGUCAGUAGGUGUGUUUUUGUGUGUGUGUGUGUGUCUGUCAGUUUGGUUGAAGGCUAAGUUCAGCAUAGACUUAGCUUUUGAACUAAAAUGACUGGUUAACAUUAGAUUUGUGUUAUCUUUAUGUUCCUGGCCUAAUUGCUACACAGUAUGUCAAGUUAUAAAACUGUUUCAUUUAAACACUUUUGCUCAAUGCUAUAUUUACAGUCCUGUUUCAACCUGGGAUUUACUAAUACAUGAAGUGGUACAAUGGAUAUUUCAACAGGGAAAAUACCGGUAUUAGAUAUUGAAAUGAGUUCUAGGUCAAUCUCAGGUUCAUAGAGAACAGGAAGCUAAUGUAGCCUAAAGCAUGAGCUGUGUUUGUUGCAUGUCCAGUUUCUAGUUGAGUUGUCUUAACAUUAACACUUGUUGAGUAGCAUGUUCAUGUUGAGCUGCCUAACCCAGCACUGCCACGGUCACUAACUCUAACCCGCUUCUCUUCUCUCACCAUGCUAACCAUGCUAACAACAGGAAGAUGCCGAGGGCAGCUGGGCCCAGGUUUGUCUCUCCUCUCGCUGGCUGUGGUAGAUGACGAGGACAUUUCACCUUAUUUCAGUUGGACAGUUUAGCUCUUCAGUUGGACAGUUUAGCUCUUCAGUUGGACAGUUUAGCUCUUCAGUUGGACAGUUUAGCUCUUCAGUUGGACAGUUUAGCUCAUCAGUUGGACAGAUGGUUGUUUCAGUUGGACAGUUUAGCUCUUCAGUUGGACAGAUGGUUGUUUCAGUUGGACAGUUUAGCUCUUCAGUUGGACAGUUUAGCUCUUCAGUUGGACAGUUUAGCUCUUCAGUUGGACAGUUUAGCUCUUCAGUUGGACAGUUUAGCUCUUCAGUUGGACAGUUUAGCUCUUCAGUUGGACAGAUGGUUGUUUCAGUUGGACAGUUUAGCUCUUCAGUUGGACAGUUUAGCUCUUCGGUUGGACAGUUUAGCUCUUCGGUUGGACAGUUUAGCUCUUCGGUUGGACAGUUUAGCUCUUCGGUUGGACAGUUUAGCUCUUCGGUUGGACAGUUUAGCUCUCGUUGGACAGUUUAGGCUCUUCGGUUGGACAGUUUAGCGCUGGCAGUUGGACAGUUUAGCUCAUCUGUUGGGACAGAUGGUUGUUUCCCCCAGUUGGGACAGUUUUUAGCUCUUCAGUUGGAACAGUUUAGCUCUUCAGGUUGGAAACAGUUUAGCUCUUCAGUUUGGACAGUUUAGCUCUCAGCUUUGGGACAUUUUAGCUCUUCAGUUUGGACAGACUGGUUGUUUCAGUUGGACAGUUUAGCCUUUCAGUUUGGACAGUUGAGCCUCUUCAGUUGGAACAGUGUUUGAGCUCUUCAGGUUGGAACAGUUGAGCUCUUCAGGUUGGACAGUUUUAGCUCUUCAUUGUGGACAGAUGGUUUGUUUCCAGUUGGAAGUUUUUAGGCUCUUCAGUUUGGAACAGUUUAAGCUCUUCAGUGUGGACAGUUUUAGCUCUUCAGUUGGACAGUUUGAUAGAGCCCUAUCAGUUGGAUCAGAAUGGUUUGUUUCAGAUAGUGGACAGUUUAGCUCUUCAGUUGGACAGUUUAGCUCUUCAGUUGGACAGUUUAGCUCUUCAGUUGGACAGUUUAGCCCUUCAGUUGGACAGAUGGUUGUUUCAGUUGGACAGUUUAGCUCUUCAGUUGGACAGUUUAGCUCUUCAGUUGGACAGUUUAGCUCUUCAGUUGGACAGUUUAGCCCUUCAGUUGGACAGUUUAGCCCUUCAGUUGGACAGAUGGUUGUUUCAGUUGGACAGUUUAGCUCUUCAGUUGGACAGUUUAGCUCUUCAGUUGGACAGUUUAGCUCUUCAGUUGGACAGUUUAGCUCUUCAGUUGGACAGUUUAGCCCUUCAGUUGGACAGUUUAGCCCUUCAGUUGGACAGAUGGUUGUUUCAGUUGGACAGUUUAGCUCUUCAGUUGGACAGUUUAGCUCUUCAGUUGGACAGUUUAGCUCUUCAGUUGGACAGUUUAGCCCUUCAGUUGGACAGUUUAGCUCUUCAGUUGGACAGUUUAGCUCUUCAGUUGGACAGUUUAGCUCUUCAGUUGGACAGUUUAGCUCUUCAGUUGGACAGUUUAGCCCUUCAGUUGGACAGUUUAGCCCUUCAGUUGGACAGUUUAGCUCUUCAGUUGGACAGUUUAGCUCUUCAGUUGGACAGUUUAGCUCUUCAGUUGGACAGAUGGUUGUUUCAGUUGGACAGUUUAGCUCUUCAGUUGGACAGUUUAGCUCUUCAGUUGGACAGUUUAGCUCUUCAGUUGGACAGUUUAGCUCUUCAGUUGGACAGUUUAGCUCUUCAGUUGGACAGUUUAGCUCUUCAGUUGGACAUAUGGUUGUUUCAGUUGGACAGUUUAGCUCUUCAGUUGGACAGUUUAGCUCUUCAGUUGGACAGUUUAGCUCUUCAGUUGGACAGUUUAGCUCUUCAGUUGGACAGUUUAGCCCUUCAGUUGGACAGUUUAGUGGUUAUACACGUAGUGAUAAGGCUUCCCAUCAAACUCUUGUAGUGACAGACAUUAACUCAGAUGUCCUGUUUAGAAGCCACAGUCAGGACCGGAUACAAUUUAUUAGAAGCCUCUGCUGUUUAGAAGUUGUCCCACCUGUCAGAACACAAAUCAGUCUAGUUCACUGACCUCCCACCUAUCAGAACACAAAUCAGUCUAGUUCUCUGACCUCCCACCUAUCAGAACACAAAUCAGUCUAGUUCUCUGACCUCCCACCUGUCAGAACACAAAUCAGUCUAGUUCUCUGACCUCCCACCUAUCAGAACAUGGAUCAGUCUAGUUGUCUGACCUCCCACCUAUCAGAACAUAGAUCAGUCUAGUUGUCUGACCUCCCACCUAUCAGAACAUAGAUCAGUCUAGUUGUCUGACCUCCCACCUAUCAGAACAUAGAUCAGUCUAGUUGUCUGACCUCCCUCCUAUCAGAACAUAGAUCAGUCUAGUUGUCUGACCUCCCACCUAUCAGAACAUAGAUCAGUCUAGUUGUCUGACCUCCCACCUAUCAGAACAUAGAUCAGUCUAGUUGUCUGACCUCCCACCUAUCAGAACAUAGAUCAGUCUAGUUGUCUGACCUCCCACCUAUCAGAACAUAGAUCAGUCUAGUUGUCUGACCUCCCACCUAUCAGAACAUAGAUCUGGCCUAGUUCCGUAGCGUAGCUGCUCUUAACCCUGCUGUAACUUACACACAAUAGAUUUUAAUAGGGUGGUUUCCAUCACUUUCACACCUAGCCUUUUUGUUGUUGUUGCAAUGUCCUGGUAGCCUUUCGUAGCUAUGGUAGCCAUGACCCACUAACUCUUUACACUCCUCCUAUAGACUCCCAAACACAGUCUGACCUAGCCCCUGUCCCUCCUCCUAUAGACUCCCAAACACAGUCUGACCUAGCCCCUGUCCCUCCUCCUAUAGACUCCCAACACAGUCUGACCUAGCCACCUGUCCCUCCUCCUAUAGACUCCCAAACACAGUCUGACCUAGCCCUGUCCCUCCUCCUAUGACUCCAAACACAGUCUGACCUAGCCCCUGUCCCUCCUCCUAUAGACUCCCAAACACAGUCUGACCUAGCCCCUGUCCCUCCUCCUAUAGGACUCCCAACACAGUCUGACCUAGCCCCCUGUCCCUCUCCUAUAGACUCCCAAACACAGUCUGACCUAGCCCCUGUCCCUCCUCCUAUAGACGCCCCAAACACAGUCUGGCCUGUACCCGUCCUCAUCUAUAGACUCCUAAAACACAGUCUGACCUAGCCCCUGUUCCUCCUCCUAUAAGACUCCCAAACACGUCUGACCUAGCCCUGUCCCUCCUCCUAUAGACUCCAACACAGUCUGACCUAGCCCCUGUCCCUCCUCCUAUAGACUCCCAAACACAGUCUGACCUAGCCCCUGUCCCUCCUCCUAUAGACUCCCAAACACAGUCUGACCUAGCCCCUGUUCCCUCCUCCUAUAGACUCCCAAACACAGUCUGACCUAGCCCCUGUCCCUCCUCCUAUAGACUCCCAAACACAGUCUGACCUAGCCCCUGUUCCUCCUCCUAUAGACUCCCAAACACAGUCUGACCUAGCCCCUGUCCCUACCUCCACAGACGCUGGCGUACGGAGACAUGAACCAUGAGUGGAUUGGUAAUGAGUGGCUGCCCAGCCUGGGUCUGCCCCAGUACCGCUCCUACUUCAUGGAGUCCCUGGUGGACGCCCGCAUGCUGGACCACCUCACCAAGAAGGACAUGAGGGGACAGCUCAAAAUGGUGGACAGUUUCCACAGGUAAAAAUACAAAAUGGUGGAUAGCUUCCACGGUUAUUAGGAGCCGAAAUGGUUUACAGUUUCCAUAGGCAAGGUGACGAAAUAAAUGGUGGACAGUUCCCACUAUUAAGGGCCAAAAUGGUGCCAUGGACGACUAGGGACGUUCGUUUUUGUUUCUCUUUAUAUGUUUAACCGGUCAGUGUGCCUGUGUAACAACAGGAACAGUUUCCAGUGUGGGGUGAUGUGUCUGAGGAGACUGAACUACGACAGGAAGGAGCUGGAGAGGAGGCGUGACGAGACCCAGCUGGAGCUGCAAGGGAACAGCUGGGAUAACGGUGAGAGAAAAUGACAGUCAACGGAAGGGAGAAAUGACCCCACUGUUCAGAUUCACUCAUCAUUUAAGUUAGCUCCGCAACGCUAAGCUGAUAACGCUAUGGGAGAAUCUGAAGUGUGGGUAUUUAUCCUUCUAUUGCAUCCAUAUACACAUUUAGAAAUGAUGGGGUUUGUUUCUACAGAGGAUUUCUUUGGACUUUUCCUCCGGUGGUAUUUCCUGAUCAUAUCAAUGUUUUUCUAACACAGAGGAAUAAUUCCCACUGGAGGGUGGGGCAUUCAAACAAAAUGUCAACUUCAUUUCAUGUCAGUCCUGCUCUAUUUCUUUAUUUCACAGGGGAAUUCUUUUGACUGUCCCUUGGAUGCGUUUCCUGAUCAUUCCCCUAAUGUUUCUGUACCAUUACAUACAUUUACAUUUACGUCACUUAGCAGACGCUCUUAUCCAGAGCGACUUACAAAUUGGGGUUACCAUUUACCAUUUACCAUUUGUGUACCUUAAGCAGACGUGCUGGUGUGGAGCAACGAGCGGGUGAUCAGCUGGGUGCAGGCCAUGGGGCUGAAGGAGUACAGUAACAACCUGCUGGAGAGCGGCGUGCAUGGCGCCCUGCUGGCCCUGGAUGAAACCUUCGACCACAACGCCCUGGCCCUGCUGCUACAGAUCCCCACCCAGAACACACAGGUAGGUACACCACAACGCACAGAUCCCCACCCAGAACACACAGGUAGGUACACCACAACGCACAGAUCCCCACCCAGAACACACAGGUAGGUACACCACAACGCACAGAUCCCCACCCAGAACACACAGGUAGGUACACCACAGCGCACAGAUCCCCACCCAGAACACACAGGUAGGUACACCACAACGCACAGAUCCCCACCCAGAACACACAGGUAGGUACACCACAACGCACAGAUCCCCACCCAGAACACACAGGUAGGUACACCACAACGCACAGAUCCCCACCCAGAACACACAGGUAGGUACACCACAACGCACAGAUCCCCACCCAGAACACACAGGUAGGUACACCACAACGCACAGAUCCCCACCCAGAACACACAGGUAGGUACACCACAACGCACAGAUCCCCACCCAGAACACACAGGACGUAGAGAGAGACACACACACACACACACACACACACACACACAGAAUGUAGAGAGACACACACACUACCAGCAUUGGUGGGUGGCUGUGAACCUCCCUGGCAGUCAAACAGCUCCCAGCUGAGACCUCAGCUCCACACGCACUCCUUCAUCUACUCUCUCUUUCUCUGUGUCUCUCCCUCCUUCCUCCCUUGUAGGCCAGAGCAGCUCUGGAGAGAGAGUACAACAGUCUGCUGGCCAUCGGCACAGAGAGGAGACUGGAUGAGGUGAGACACUUACAUAUGAUUCACCACACACACACACUCUCUUUCUAAAGCUCACACACACACACACUCUCUUUCUAAAGCUCACACACACACACACUCUCUUUCUAAAGCUCACACACACACACACACACACACUCUCUUUCUAAAGCUCACACACACACACUCUCUUUCCAAAGCACACACACACACACACACUCUCUUUCCAAAGCGCUCCUCCAUGUAUAUCCACAUCCUUAUUUCCUUCCUGCUUCCUCCUCUCUGAAUCUCUUCCAGGAUGAUGAUAAGAACUUCCGGCGCACCCCGUCCUGGAGGAAGAAGUUCCGGCCCAAAGACGCGCGGGGGAUGUCCCCGGGCUCAGCCGACACCCUGCCUGCCAACUUCAGACUGACCAAUAGCAACGCAGCGUCCCCGUCCAUGCAGCCAAAGAGGAGCCCCAUGGACGGUACGACAGGGGUUGGGUCCACUGUGCCCAACUGUGUGUUAGGCAUGGCACUGCUGUGGCUUUAUCUCCAUGAGACCUUACACAAUAUGCUUUCAACAAUGGUUUAGUGUUUUCCCAGCUCUAGUGUGUGUGUGUGUUGUGCUGGAGAUUGUGAGUGACUAACUAACAGCAUGUUUCUGCAUGUGGUUUUGCUGUGGGGAUGCAGGGGGUCAGUCUGCAAUACAGAGGCUGGACACUGCCACAGUCAGGACCUACUCCUGCUAACACCACACACGGUAAGUUUCACAAUGCAUCUAAUCUUCUGUUAAAGCAGCUUGUUGUGCCUCGGCUUUUUUGGGCGAUAAUAACGCAUGUCUACGCUUCUCCUCCUCCUCUAUUCUGUCCUCUUCAUCUGCUGCUUCUCUGCAAAUCUCCCUCCCCCCCUUCCCCCCCUCCCCUCCCUUCCCCCCCUCCCCCCCUCCCUUCCCCCCCUCCCCUCCCUUCCCCCCCUCCCUUCCCUUCCCUUCCCCCCCCUCCCCCCCCUCCCCCCCCUCCCUCCCCCUCCCCUCCCUCCCUCCCUCCACCCCCCCCUCCCUCUAUUCCCUCUCUCCUCUCUCUCCUCCCUCUCCCUUCUUAGUUUAUCCUCAUUAUUUGUAUAGGUGACUGCUGGUUGGAGGAUGAGGGGUGUGAGUUCCCCUCCACCAGGAGCAGCUGCUGA